GGGCAGAAAUGGGGCCAGGGAGGCCGAGGCCGCACUGCGCCCUGGGUUGGAGGAUCCUGGGCUGGGGGCUGAGGGCGAGAAGGCCGGGAGAGAAGGGUCUCCACGGAGUGACUUAGGAGCCUGCCAGCUGGUGGGGUCCGGACCGAGGGGGCUGAGGGCACGGGAAGAACCUGCCUCCAGGGCGGAGCGUCUGCUUCCACGAGAACCUCUGGGCCGGAUAGCGCCUGGGAAAGACAGCGAGGAGGGCUCCGUGGAGAGGGAUCGACGGUCUCGGAGCCUCUGGGAGCCACCUGUGCUCUCCACGCUCCCACUGCCUGGGGGAUGGAGGCCCGUCCGCAGCCCCACCCCAGCCUGGAAGGAGCCUCCUUUAGAUAAGAGGCCUGUGGUGCUCGGCCGUGCCCAAAGCGGAGACCCUGCAUAUUUGUCCAUACUCUACUGUGAACAGAUCUUGCCUGUAUUGGGCGUGUGGGAGUCUGGGCUGUGUUGGUUUCCCUGGAGCACGGAGAGAGACAGGGUGAUCUUUAUGUGUUGUGGCUGGGAGAGUUUGUGCGCGGGAUUGUGCGGCAGGCAUCCAACCAGCGUGCAGGAGCACAAGCAGAUACAGUGUCCUGGUGCAAAUAGCUACGGGCAACUUGGCCUGGGCCAUAAGGAGGAUGUGCUUUUGCCUCAGCAGCUGAAUGACUUCUGUGAACCUGGGUGUGUCAGGAGGAUCACAGGAGGAGGGGGCCACUCUACAGUUGUCACAGAUGAAGGAGGUCUUUUUGUUUGUGGCCUGAAUAAAGAUGGACAAUUGGGACUUGGUCACACAGAGGAUGUUCUGUAUUUUACCCCCUGCACAUCCCUGCUUGGCUGUCCCAUCCAACAGGUGGCCUGUGGCUGGGAUUUUACCAUUAUACUCACAGAAAGCGGUCAAGUUCUAUCAUGUGGCUCCAACUUGUUUGGCCAAUUGGGAGUUCCUCAUGGGCCUCAAAGAUGUGUGGUUCCCCAGGUCAUUGAGCUCCUGAGAGAGGAGGUUGUGUGUGUUGCUGCUGGACUGAGGCAUGCAUUAGCUGCUACAGCAAGUGGCAUCGUGUUCCAGUGGGGCACUGGCUUGGCAUCAUCUGGACGGCGGUUGUGCCCCGGGCAGACUCUCCCAUUGUUUUUGACAGCAAAGGAACCGAGCAGAGUGACAGGCCUAGAGACUUCUAAAGUAAGAUGUGUUCUUGCUGGCUCAGAUCACUCAGCUUCAUUAACAGAUGCCGGAGAGCUGUAUGUUUGGGGGAGCAACAAACAUGGGCAACUGUCAGCCCAGGCUGCUUUCCUUCCUGUGCCCCAGAAAAUAGAAGUACACUGUUUUCAGAAUGAAAAGGUCACUGCCGUCUGGAGUGGGUGGACACACCUGGUCGCCCAGACAGAAACUGGCAAGGUGUUUACCUGGGGCCGAGCAGACUAUGGUCAACUAGGGAGGAAGCUGGAGGCUCAUGAAGGCUGGAAACAAGAAAAACAGGAAUCGUCCCUCCCCUGCUUGAAACCACGGAACAGCGUGCCUUCGUCUCUGCAUUGCUUAACAGGAGCAAUUGAGGUCUCUUGUGGCUCAGAGCAUAAUCUGGCAGUGAUGGUGCCUGGCCUGGCUCGGAGUCUACUGAAUGAAUGGUUCCACAGCGAGGACAAGCAGGCACAGUCACAGGGCUCUGGGCAUGUCUCCUGCCUGUGAACUGCCUGAGGCUCCCUGCCACUGGAGGAAGGAGGCCUUCAGUAGGCACACUGCAGGGUGCAAGUUUUGCAACAGGAAGCAACAAGAAGCUGCUUGUGAGCCCUGGCCAGAGGGCCGCAGAUGGAAGACAAGCUGGAGGAGGGAAAGAGUUCCUACCAGCUUAAGGCCAUGUUUCUCACAGCCGGCUCCUUCCCUCAACCCUACUGCCACUGCAUACUGUAGACUGAUUUCCCUGCCUGCAGUCUCAUUCCCUGAGGUCCAGCUCCUCAGUGCCUGGUGCUAUGUCCCACAUGUGACAGGCACACAGUAGAUACAGAAUAGCCUAGACCACAAUAUAGAGAAGCUGAACUUUGCUCCAGGGUAGAUGCAGCCUUAAUGUCUAACGAAUGUGAGACAGACAAAUCAAACUGGAAAAGGAGGUAAAGAGCAUGGUGAAAGGACAUAUUCGAGGACCUAUUCUGUCUUAGGUAAUGGGCACAACUCAAGGAAGUGUAUGUGUUGUAACUAUUUUAUAGAGAAGAAAACUUGAGAUUCAGAGGUUAAACGGAUUGUCCAGGGGUAAGUAGCAGUAAACGGUAGAGCUGUCUACCUGACUUUGAAGUUUGCUCUUUCCACUCUGUUAUAUCUUAGGGCUUGAGACAAUAUGGGUAGUGGCUAAGAGGAACACAGUCACUGGGGUCAGACUGCCUGGAUUCAAAUUCUGACUUCUCUACUUAUAAGCUGUGUAACCUUGAGUGAAUGUCUUCACCUCUCUGUGCCUUGUACAUCUCAUCUGGAAUAUCAUAUUAUCAACCUCAUAGGAUUGUUAUGUAAAGUACAAAGAACAGUGCCUGGCAUAAAAGUAAAGGCGCAAUAAAUGUUAAUCAUUAAAUGUAUACAGAUCCAAGUUUAUUAGUAGUUACUGCGGCGAGUGGGAAGGGGAGAAAGGGAGGGUUAACGGUGAUGGAAAAAUUGCAUUGAUUAAGGGUAGGGUUGCACAGCCAAUUAUUGCAGUUGCUGUCAAUAAGUUGUACACCUGUAAAAAGCUGAAUUGGCAAAAGUUGUGUGAUAGAUAUACUUACAACAACAAAAGGAGUAGCUGUUGAGGCUGCUGAUGUACAACCAAAAACCUCAUGGGAUUUGGUUCCUUGGUUUGGAGGUUUAGGGUCAGGUUUCAUGGGACAUCCCAGUUAAUUGGCCUAAUGACAUAUUUAGUGCUUUUCCUCUGCCUAGUAGUGCAUGGCGUAGUGGCUGGGUCUUAAAAACUUGUAAGCAGCCAUCUAAGGCACAACAAAUGGUCUCUGUGCACCGGGGGCAACAGAGGAAGGAGAGUCACGAAUAGGACAAGGAUAUGGAAUGUGUGGCUAAUUGCUUCCAUGAACAACUGCCUCCUUUGCCAUGAGACCAGAAGAACUGGAUGGUGCCUGGCUACCAUUAGUAAAUAUUUUGAUCAAAGAUUCUAUAGAAGAAUCUUGAUCAAAAGGGAGAAAAUGCAGAACAGAAUGUCAAAUUCUCAUGGAAUCCAGGCUUUCUGAAACCAUGGAGGCUGCACAAACCCCUGAAACUAUUGCUGUGAGAUAAUCUUUAAACCUUAAACCAAAAAUAUCCCCUGGAGUCUUAGUUGAGCUAAGUUUGGAGUCUUAGUUGAGCUAAGUUUAGCAGGAGUUAAGCAAUAAUUUAGCUUAACUAGUAAAGAAUUUUUUUUUAGUAAAGAAUGCCUGCCUUGAGCAUUGUGCUGUUUCAGUCUAUAUGGGAUCAAAUUGACAAUAGCAACUCCAAAGAUUAGAUAGAAAACUUAGGGAGCAGUGAGUUUAUGUUAAUGGAGGAGGAACAACUGGGAAAAGGAGGGUGAGAAUGGUCACACAACUCGAAGAAUGUAAUCAGUGUCACUGAAUUGUACAUGUAGAAAUUGUUGCGUUGGUAUUUAUUUUGCUGUGUAUAUUCUCAACAACAAAAUAAAUUUAAAAAAGUGCUAGUUGCUAUUGUAAUUUUUAUUAUAGAUAUUAAGACCUCAAGGAAGGAAGUAACUGUAAGAUACCACGAGAGGGCCUGAGGCUCAGCCUGGGAGUCUCAGGAGCUAGAGAGGGAAGUGUCUUCCCCACCUAAGGUACCAUGGUUUGGGGUAGGAUCUUAAUAUAGCUUUAGAAGGAGCCUGGGCAUCCAACCUAUGGGAUCUGGAAAUCUCGCCAGCCCUGGAAACAGUGCCAGCCCGGGUUUGUUCCAGGUCACAAUUCUGCUGCCCACUGCCCUAGACAGGGACCCAGGGCCUUUAUGUUCCAGCCAGAGGCAAGCCCCACAGCAGCCACAUUGCGGUUUCCUUGGGGUUGAAAAUCUGUUCUACUUAUUCAUUUGCUUCCAGGUUUCUUUUUUCCCCCUUCUCUUGGAGUUUGGUUUGGUUCUUUCCUUAGUUUUCCAGCGAAGUUUCUCUUGACCCGUUACGCAUUUGCCUAGACAAGAUGGUGUGGCAGUGUGACCCCCCUGCUUCAGACAGAGGAAGGACUGGGGCACUGGGCAGAGAAACUCAGGUGACAACUAGGAAAGAACUGAGGCCAUUGGCCAUGACUGGCCUGGCUACUCACUAGGUGUAUGCCUUGUACAAGUUGCUCAGCCUCACUGAGCCUGGUUCCUCACCUGUAGAGUAGACAUCACGAUACCCAUCCUAAAAAGCUGUUCUUUCAAAUGCCAUAGGAUGUCAAGUGCCUGCUCAGAGCCUGCCACAUAAUAGGUGCUCAGCAGGUGCUUGAUCACUUGGCUGGUUCACUAGCUUGCUUUCCUUUCCUGCUAUCCACCCGGGAUUUCCCUCCACAUCUGAUGAAGAGGGCUGGCUGGCUCUCUUUUGUGGGCGUAGUCUGAGGUCAGCAGAGGUGAGCUGAGGGCAUGUGGCCACCCCUUGCUCGGAAGACCCCUGCCUGCCUGAGGCAGGCUCCCCAGUCCUCACCUCUGUGUCUGGCUGAAUUGACUCCAGCUGUUUUGCUUCCUCCCAGGAGCAGCUUAUUUUGGCUUGAAUGGGCAAUUUGUUUGCCUUCUCUCCUGAUGUACAGUUGUUCAGCCUUCCCGUCCUGCAGAGAAAAAAAAAGCUGACUGCGUUUCCUCUCUCCGCUCUACAUAGACCCUUGGAAAGAAUUUUAUUGGUGGCCUUUUCCUAGAGCACUCAGGCUCGCCAGACAGGCAUUGUUAAAGGGCUGGGUAUUUGGCAGGCAAUUGCAGUACCUCCUCCUCCUCCUCCAAGCAAAGCCAGUUCUUUUACCAAAUAGGAGCAAUAAUCUAUACAAGGAUUUUUUUUCCAUUUCACUGAUGAUUUCCAAUUGUUGAACCUUUGUGCCUUUGUAAUAUUAUGUAGCAGAACAUCUGACCUUGGCCUGAAAUCCAGGAAACAGGGCCAUGUAAGAACUUCAUUGAGAGAAAUGACUUUCUUGGCACUGGCUGUUCCUGUGAGAGGUGAUACCUCCAAACUCUAGGGUUUUGGAGGGAGCUUAGAGACAGGUACAGACUUGUAUGUUCCUAUGCACAGUGUGAUAGGCAGAGUGUAAAGGCUUAUACCCCAUCUGGAAAGCCUGGUGGCAUACCGAUUAAGUGCUACAGCUACUAACCAAAAGGUCAGCAGUUCGAAUCUGCCAGACGCUCCUUGGAAACUCAAUGGUGUGGUUCUGUUCUGUCCUAUAGGGUCACUAUGAGUCGGAAUUGACUUGAAGGCAGUGAGUGAGUAUACCCCAUUUAACCCUCCCAGCUAAUUGAUGAGUCGGCACUAUUGUUCACCCCAUUUUCUAGGUGAGGGAACCUGAAGCUUAGGUUGAGCAACUUGCCUGGCCCAGGAGGAAUCUGUAUGUCAGGUCUUCAACCAGGACUCUGACUUGAGAGCCAGUAGACUACCAGCUGACGCUGCCUCUUGCAGACCAGUAACAGUCUGGCCUGUCUGUAAAGCCACUAGGUAUGAUUAUUCUGUCUCUUCCUUUCAACAGUUAGCCCCUCCCUGUUUGCAAGUUCUUCUGUAUACAAAAAAAAAAAAAAACCUCAUCGCCAUAGAGUCGAUUCCAACUCAUAGUGACACUAUAGUGACCUUACAGGGCAGGGUGGAACUGCCCCAUAGAGUUUCCAAGGAGUGCCUGGUGGAUUUGAACCGCUGAACUCUUGGUGAGCAGCCGUAACACUUAACCACUGCACCACGAGGGUUUCUUCUUUUCUUUAUCCAGCCUAAAUCUCUUUUGCUUCAUUUCAAAGCAGGUCUCAGUGUCUUAUAUAAUAACCAGUUGAAAUCAUGAAGUCAAUGACAUUGUUUUGGAAAGCCGGCGCUCUUAGAAUUUUUCUCCCACCUUCCAUUGUCCCUUUCCUCGUUAGAAAAAAAAAAUAAUUAAUUUUUGAAUAAUAAAUACAUAUAAAAAAAAGGUUUUUUAAAGUACAUAUACAUGCCUGAAAAUUUCAAAAAAGGCAUAAACAUAUUUAAAAUGAGAAACUUCCUUCUCAACCUAUUGCCAUCAGUCCAGUUUGCCCAAAACUCUUCAACCAUGUGUGCAGCUAAUGCCUGUCAUUAGUUUUUUCUAUAUCCUUCUAGUUUCUUUUCGCAUAUACAGUGAAACCUGUAGAGCUGGAACUUGAUGGGACUGCCUUGUUUUUCCAGGUCUCUCAAGUUUUCCGCCUUUGGCAGGGUACAGUCUUACACCACUUUUGUAUUAUUUGUUUUAGUGGAAAAUAUUUGAGUUUUCCUUCUCUGACAGGUUUCUGCCUUACACAAGCUUUCACAGGUUUUACUGUAUAAGUGGAAACCCUGGUGGCGUAGUGUUUAAGAGCUACCACUGCUAACCAAAAGGUCAGUAGUUCAAAUGUACCAGACACUCUUUGGAAACUCUAUGGGGCAGUCCUGCCCUGUCCCAUAGGGUCGCUAUGUGAAUAUUUUUAUCUGGCUGCUAACCAAAAUGUCGGCAGCCUUUGAAUCCAUCAGCCACUCCUUGGAAACCCCAUAGGGCAGUUCUUCUCUGUCCGAUAGGGUUGCUAGGAGUUGCAGUUGACUCGACAGCAGUGAGUCUGGUUUAUGUUUGGUUUUCUUACAUAAAUAGUAUCAUACUUCAUACUUUUCAGUGUCUGAUUUUUUUCUCUCAACAAUUUAUCUGGGAGAUAUUUUCAUAUCAGCAUAAGAGCCUUCCUAGUUCUUUCUUUGCAGCUGCAUAAUAUUCCCUUGUACUUACUAUUGUAGUUUAUUUAACCAGUGCCCUGUUACGCAUUUAGCUCAUUUCUAGUCUUUUGAUAUUGCAAGCAAUGCUGUAGUGAAUAACAUUGCAUAUAUGUUAUUGUCUGUGAGAGAGUAUCCUUGUAGGGUAAAUUCCUAGAAGUGAAAUUAUUGCAUCAAAGGGUAAAUGUUUUUGUAAUUUUGCAAGAUACUGCAAAACUGCCUCCAAAGGGAUUAUACCAUAUUUUACCCCCACCAGCAAUGCAUAAGAGUGCCUGUUUCUUGCAGAUUCCUUGAUAGUGUGUGUUAAGAAAUGUGUGGAUUUUUACCAAUCUGAUAGGUGAAAAAAACUACUAGAGGUAGUUUUGUUACUUUUUAAUUGGAAUACAACAUAUAUAUGAUAAAGUGCUUAAGGACUCAGUUUGUUGGAUUUUUACAUGUGUAUUUGGGAUAUAGUUGUGAGACCACUACCCAGAGCAAGAUAUAGAGCGUAUCCAGCACCCCAGAAGCCUACCUCAUGCCCCUUCUCAGUCAAUACCUCACUCCCAGAAGUUACCUAUUCUUUUUUUUUUUUAAUUUUUGUUGUGCUUUAAGUGAAAGUUUAAAAAUCAAGUCAGUCUGUCAUAUAAAAAUUUAUAUACACCUUGCUAUAUAUUCCUAGAUGCUCUCUCCCUGGUGAGACAGCACACUUCUUCCCUCAACUCUCUCUUUUCAUGUCCAUUCGGCCAGUUUCUGUCCCCCUCUGCCCUCUCAUCUCCCCUCCAGAUAGGAGAUGCCCACAUAGUCUUAUGUGUCUACUUGAUCCAAGAAGCUCACUCUUGACCAGGAUCAUAUUCUAUCCCAUUGUCCAGUCCAAUCCCUGUCUGAAGAAUUGGCUUUGGGAAUGGUUCCUGUGUUGGGCCAACAGAAGGUCUAGGGACCAUGACCUCCGGGGUCCUUCUAGUCUCAGUCAGACCAUUAAGUCUGGUCUUUUUACGAGAAUUUGGGGUCUACGUCCCACUGCUCUCCCACUCCCUCGGGGUUCUCUGUUGUGUUCCCUGUCAGGACAGUCAUCAGUUGUAGCCAGGCACCAUGUAGUUCUUCUGGUCUCAGGCUAAUGCAGUCUCUGGUUUAUGUAGCCCUUUCUGUCUCUUGAGCUCAUAAUUACCUUGUGUCUCUGGUGUUCUUCAUUCUCCUUUGUUCCAGGUGGGUUGAGGCCAAUUCAUGUGUCUUAGAUGGCCACUUGCUAGCGUUUAAGACCCCAGAUGCCACUCUCCAAAGUGGGAUGCAGAAUGUUUUCUUAAUAAAUUUUAUUAUGCCAAUUGACUUAGAUGUCCCCUGAAACCAUGGUCCCCAGCGCCCCGCCCCUGCUACGCUGGUGUUCAAAGCAUUCAGUUUAUUCAGGAAACUUCUUUGCUUUUGGUUUAGUCCAGCUGUGCUGACCUCUCCUGUAUUGUAUGUUGUCUUUCGCUUCACCUAAAAUAGUUCUUAUCUACUUUCUAAUUAGUAAAAACCCCCUCUGUCCCUCCUUCCCUCUCUCCGCACUCUCGUAACCAUCAAAGAAUAUUUUCUUCUCUGUUUAAACUAUUUCUCAGAGUUCUUGUAAUAGUGGUCUCAUAAAAUAUUUGUCCUUUUGUAACUGACUGAUUUCACUCAGCAUAAUGUCUUUCAUAUUCGUCCAUAUUAUGAAAUGUUUCACGGAUUCAUCAUAGUUCUUUAUCUAUGCAUAGUAUUCCGUUGUGUGGUUGUGUUGUUGUCAGGUGCCGUUGAAUCAGCUCCGACUCAUAGCGACCCUGUGCACAACAGAACAAAACACUGCUCAGUCCUGAGCUAUCCUAAUAAUCGUUUUUACUCUUGAGCUCAUUGUUGCAGCCACUGUGUCAAUCCACCUCGUUGAGGGUCUUCCUUUUUUCUGCUGAGCCUGUACUCUGCCAAGCAUAAUGUCCUUCUCCAGGGACUGAUCCCUCCUGACAACAUGUCCAAAGUAUGUAAGAUGCAGUCUCUCCAUCCUUGCCUCUAAGGAGCAUUCUGGCUGUACUUCUUCUAAGACAGAUUUAUUUGUUCUUUUUGCAGUCCAUGGUAUAUUCACCAUAAUUCAAAGGCAUCAGUUCUUCUUUGGUCUUCCUUAUUCAUUCUCCAGCUUUCACAUGCAUAUGACGCGAUUGAAAAUACCAUGGCUUGGGUCAGGGGUCAGGCGUGCCUUAGUCUUCAAGGUGACAUCUUUGCUCUUCAACACUUUAAAGAAGUCCUUUGCAGCAGAUUUACCCAAUGCAGAGCAUCUUUUGAUUUCUUGAGUGCUGCUUCCAUGGCUGUUAAUUGUGGAUCCAUGUAAAAUGAAAUCCUUGACAACUUCAGUCUUUUUUCCAUUUAUCAUGUUGCCUAUUGGUCCAGUUGUGACGAUUUUUGUUUUCUUUAUGUUCAGGUGCAAUCCAUAAUGAAGGCUGUGGUCUUUGAUCUUCAUUAGUAAGUGCUUCAAGUUCUCUUCACUUUCAGCAAGCAAGGUUGUGUCAUCUGCAUAACACAGGUUGUUAAUGAGUCUUCGUGCAAUCCUGAUGCCCUGUUCUUCAUAUACUCCAUCUUCUUGUAUUAUUUGCUCAGCAUGCAGAUUGAAUAGGUAUGGUGAAAGAAUACAACCCCGAUGCACACCUGUCCUGUGUGUGUGGAUAUACUAUAAUUUAUUUAUCCAUUCAUCUGUUGAUGGGCACCUUGGUUGCUUCCAACUUUUUGCUAUUGUAAACAGUGCUACAGUGAACAUGGUUGUGCACAUAUCUGUUUGUGUAAAGGCUCUUAUUUCUCUAGGAUAUAUUCUCAGGAGUGGGAUUGCUGGAUCCUGUGGUAGUUCUAUUUCUAGGUUUUUAAGGAAGCACCAAAUCGAUUUCCAAAGUGGUUGUACCAUUUUACAUUCCCACAAGCAGUGUACAAGUGUUCCAGUCUCUCCACAACCUCUCCAGCAAUUAUUAUUUUGUGUUUUUUUGAAUUAAUGCCAGCCUUUUUGGGGUGAGAUGGAAUCUUACUGUAGUUUUGAUUUGCAUUUCUGUAAUGGCUAAUGAUCAAGAACAUUGCCUAAGGUAUCUGUUAUGUACCUGAAUGUCUUCUUCAGUGAAGUGCCUGUUCAUAUCCUUUGCCCAUUUUUUAAUUGUGUUAUUUGUCUUUUUGUAGUUGAGUUUUUGCAGUAUCAUGUAGAUUUUAGAGAUCAGGCACUGAUCGGAAAUGUCAUAGCUAAAAACUUUUCCCAGUUUGUAGGUAAUCUUUUUACUCUUUUGGUGAAGUCUUUGGAUGAGCAUAAGUGUUUGACUUUUAGGAGCUCCCAGUUAUCUAGUUUCUCUUCUGAUGUUUGUGCAUUGUUAGCAAUGUUUUGUAUACUGUUCAUGCCAUGUAUUAGGGCUCCUAGCACUGUCCCUAUUUUUUCUUCCAUGAUCUUUAUUGUUUUAGAGUUUGUAUUUAGGUCUUUGAUCCAUUUUGAAUUCGUUUUUGUGCAUGGUGUGAGGUAUGGGUCUUGUUUCAGUUUUUUUUGGCAAGUGGAUAUACAAUUAUGCCAGCAACAUUUGUUAAACAGACUAUCUUUUCCCCAUUUAACUGACUUGAAGCCUUUGCCAAAUAUUGGCUGCUUAUAUGUGGUUGGAUUUAUGUCUGGAUUCUCAGUUCUGUUCCAUUGGUUUAUGUAUCUGUUGUUGGACCAGUACCAGGCUGUUUUGACUACUGUGGCAGUAUAAUAGACUCUAAUAUCAGGUAGAGUGAGGCCUCCCAGUUUGUUCUUCUUUUUCAGUAAUGCUUUACUCAUCCAGGGCUUCUUUCCCUUCCAUAUAAAGGUGGUGAUUUGUUUCCGCAUCUCAUUAAAAAAUGUCAUUGGAAUUUGGAUUGGAAUUGCAUUGUAUGUAUAGAAUAGACGUUUUUACAAUGUUGAGUCUUCCUAUCCAUGAGCAAGGUAUGUUUUUCCACUUAUGUAGGUCUCUUUUGGUUUCUUGCAGUAGUGUCUUAUAGUUUUCUUUGUAUAAGUCUUUUACAUCUCUGGUAAGAUUUAUUCCUAAGUAUUUUAUCUUCCUGGAGGCUACUGUAAAUGGUAUUGAUUUGGUGAUUUCCUCUUCAAUGUUCUUUUUGUUGGUGUAGAGGAAUCCAACUGAUUUUUGUAUGUUUAUCUUGUAUCCUGAUCCUCUGCUGAACUCUUCUAUUAGUUUCAGUAGUUCUUUUGAGGAUUCUUUAGGGUUUCCUAUGUAUAAGAUCAUGUCAUCUGCAAAUAAAGAUACUUUUAGUCCUUUCUUAUCAAUCUAGAUGCCCUUUAUUUCUUUAUCUAGCUUAAUUGCUCUGGCUAGGACCUCCAGAACAAUGUUGAGUAAGAGCGGUGAUAAAGGCCAUCCUUGGCUAGUUCCUGAUCUCAAGGGGAAUGCUUUCAGACUCUGUCCAUUUAGGAUGAUGCUGGCUGUUGGCUUUGUAUAAAUGCCCUUUAUUAUGUUGAGGAAUUUUCCUUCUAUUCCUAUUUUGCUGAGACCUUUUAUCAUGAAUGGAUAUUGAACUUUGUCAAAUGCCUUUUCUGCAUCGAUUGAUAAAAUCAUGUGAUUCUUAUCUUUUGUUUUAUUUAUAUGAUGGAUUACAUUGUUUUUCUAAUGUUGAACCAUCCCUGCAUACCCGGUAUGAAUCCCACUUGGUCAUGGUGAAUUAUUUUUUUGAUAUGUUGUUGAAUUCUAUUCGUUAGAAUUUUGUUGAGGGUUUUUGCAUCUAAGCUCAUAAGGGAUAUAGGUCUGUAAUUUUCUCUUUUUUGUGGUGUCAUUACCUGCUUUUGGUAUCAGGGAUAUGCUGGCUUCAUAGAAUGAGUUUGGGAGUAUUCAAUCCUUCUCUAUGCUCUGAAAUACCUUUAGUAGUAGUAGUGUUAAGUCUUCUCUGAAAGUUUGGUAGAACUCUGCAGUGAAGCCAUCCGGGCCCAGGCUUUUUUUUUUGUUGUUGGGAGUUAUUUGAUUACCUUUUCAAUCUCUUUUUUGUUAUGGGUCUAUUUAGUUGUUCUACCUCUGUUUGUGUUAGUUUAGGUAGGUAGUGUGUUUCUAGGAAUUCAUCCAUUUCUUCUAGGUUUUCAAAUUUGUUAGAAAACAAUUUUUCAUGGUAAUUUGAUAUGAUUCUUUUAAUUUCAAUUGAGUCUGUUGUAAUAUCACCCAUCUCAUUUCUUAUUUGGGUUAUUUGCUUCUUCUCCUGUCUUUCUUUUGUCAGUUUGGCCAAUGGUUUAUCAAUUUUGUUAGUUUUUUCAAAGAACCAGCUUUUUGUCUUAGUAACUCUUUCAGUUUUCUGUUUCCUAUUUCAUUUAAUUCUGCUCUAAUUUUUAUUAUUUGCUUUCUCCUGGUGCCUGAGGGUUUCUUUUUUUGCCCUCUUUCUAUUUGUUCAAGUUGUAGGGAUAAUUCUUUGAUUUUGGCCCUUUCUUCUUUUUGUAAAUGUGCAUUUGUUGAUAUAAAUUGACCUCUGAGGACCGCUUUUGCUGUGUCCCAAAGGUUCUGAUAGGAAGUGUUUUUAUUCUCAUUGGAUUCUAUGAAUUUCUUUAUUCCAUCCUUAAUGUCUUCUAUAACCCAGUAGUUUUUGAACAGGAUGUUGUUCAGUUUCCAGGUGUUUGAUUUCUUUUCCCUCCUUUUCCUGUUAUUGAUUUCUACUUUCAUGGCCUUACGGUCAGAGAAGAUGCUUUGUAAUAUUUUCAUGUUUUGGACUCUGUGAAGGCUUGCUUUAUGACCUAAUAUGUGAUCUAUUCUAGAGAAUGUUCCAUGUGUGCUAGAGAAGAAAGUAUACUUGGCUGCUGUUGGGUGGAGUGUUCUGUAUAUGGCUAUGAGGUCCAGUUGGUUGAUUGUGGCAUUUAGAUCUUCUGUGUCUUUAUUGAACUUCUUUCUGGAUGUCCUGUCCUUCACCGAAAGUGGUGUGUUAAAGUCUCCUACUAUAAUUGUGGAGCUGUCUAUCUCACUUUUCAAUGCUGAUAGAGUUUGUUUUAUGCUCUUGCAGCCCUGUUGUUGGGUGCAUAAAUAUUUAAUAUGGUUAUGUCUUUUUGGUAUAUUGUCCCUUUAAUCAUUAUAUAGUGUCCUUCCUUGUCCUUUGUGGUGGAUUUAACUUUAAAGUCUAUUUUGUCAGAAAUUAAUAUUGCCACUCCUGGUCUUUUUUGAUUGUUGUUUGCUUGGUAUGUUUUUUUUCCAUCCUUUGAGUUUUUGUUUGUUUGUGUCUCUAAGGUGUGUCUCUUGUAGGCAGCAUAUAGACGGAUCUUGUUUUUUAAUCCAUUCUGCCACUCUCUGUCUUUUUAUAGGUGCAUUUAGUCUGUUUACAUUCAGCGUAAUUAUGGGUAAGAUAUGAGUUUAGUGCUGUCAUUUUGAUGUCUUUUUUUGUGUGUUGUUGACAGUUUCUUUUUGCCACUUAAUUUUUUGUGCUGAGUGGUUUAUCUUUAUAUAUUUUCUUUUCCUCUUAUUUGUUGUUGUUGAUUUUGUUUCUGCUGAGUCUCUAUUUUUUUUCCUCUUUUUUAUUUUAAUGAGUAGGAUUGUUAGUCUCCUUUGUGGUUACUUUAGUAUUUACCCCUAUUUUUCUAAGUUUAAACCUGACUUUUAUUUUUUAUAUCGUAUUACCUUCCUCUCCAUAUGAAAGAUCUAUGGCUACAUUUCUUAGUCCCUCUUUGUUGUUUUCAUGCUGUCUCCUUUUACAUAACAACAUCGCUCUUUCCCUGUUUCGAGCGUUUUUUUUUAAAUCUUGAUUUAUUUUUGUGAUUUCCCUAUCUGGGUUGACAUCUGAUUGCUCUGUCCAGUGUUCUAGUCUUGGGUUGAUUCCUGAUAUUAUUGAUUUUCUAGCCAAAGAACUCCCUUUAGCACUUCUUGUAGUUUUGUUUUGGUUUUUAUGAAUCCCUAAACUUCAGUUUAUCUGGGAAUGUCCUAAUUUCACCUUCAUAUUUGAGAGACAGUUUUGGUGGAUAUAUGAUUCUUGGCUGGCAUGUUUUUCCUUCAGUGCUUUGUAUGAGUCAUCCCAUUGCCUUCUUGCCUGUAUAGGUUCUGUCGAGUUGUCUGAGCUUGUCCUUAUUUACUGUCCUUUGUAGGUGACUUUUCGUUUAUCCCUAGCUGCUCUUAAAAUUCUCUUUUUAUCUUUGGUUUGACAAGUUUGAUUAUAAUAUGUCUUGGUGACUUUCUUUUAAGACCUACCAUAUGUGGAGUUCGAUGAGCAUCUUGAAUAGAUAUCUUCUUAUAUUUCAUGAUAUCAGGGAAGUUUUCUGUCAACAAAUCUUCAACAGUUCACUCUGUAUUUUCUGUUAUCCCUUCCUGUUCUGGUACUCCAGUCACUCGUAGGUUAUUUCUCUUGAUACAGUCCCACAUGGUUCUUAAGGUUUCUUCAUUUUUUUUAAUUCUUUUAUCUGAUUUUUCUUCAGAUAUAUUGGUGGCAAGUGCUUUAUCUUCAGGGUCACCAAUUCUGCCUUCCACUUGCUUGAUUCUGUUCCUCUGACUUUCUAUUGAGUUGUCCAAUUCUGUAAUUUUAUUGUUAAUCUUAUGAAUUUCUGAUUGCUGUUGCUCUGUGGAUCCUUGCAGCUUAUUAAAUUUUUCAUUAUGUUCUUGAAUAAUGUUUUUAUUUGUUUGACUGCUUUAUCUUUCUGUUCUUUGGCUUGUUCUGUGUAUUGCUUGAUCUCCUUCCUAAUCUCAUUCCUGAUGUCUUGAAGAGUUCUGCAUAUUAAUCUUUUGUAUUCUGCAUCUGGUAAUUCCAGGAAGGCACCUUCAUCAGAAGAUCCCUUGAUUCUUUGUUUUGAGAGCCUUUUGAAGUGAUCAUGGUCUGCUUCUUUAUGUGAUUUGAUAUUGACUGUUGUCUCCGAGCCAUCUAUAAGUUAUGUAUUAGUUUAUUUUAUGUUUGCUUCGUGUAUCGUAGCUUCUUGCUUGUUUUAUUUUGAUAUGCCCAAAUGGGUUGCUUGAGUGAGCUAGCUUGAUUAUUUUUGCCUUUGAAGCUCUAACGUCCUGUCACCAGAUAGUUAGGGCUGUUAUCAGGUAUAUCAGCCUAGGAGUCCAUUCACUUUUCUUGUAUGAAUUCAGCUCAGAUGCCCAGGUAGCUGGUCCUGAGUGUGUGGUAUAGGCUAUGUCCUAUAGCCUUAGAGGGGCAGGGGUAUUUGGUGUAGGUACCAGUAUCUGGGUGCAGCAGGGGUCACACUCUGAACAGGGCAGGGGGCUGACAAGCAUCCCCCAAGUGUCAUGAGCAAAGCGUGUCCCUGUUCCCUAGAGCAUAUAGGUGGGUGGGUUCUGCAGACAGACUUGGGUACCCAAUGCUUUUGGUUGUAAUGACUGGGAGGUACCAGUUAUCCUUGGACCCCUGUCGCGGGUGGCUGGGUGACCUGAGUGGAGCCACCAGUCCUUAGGCCCCUGGUGUGGGUAGGUGAGGACCCUGUGUAAUAGGCAAAGCGGUGUCAAACAUCAGACACCCACCUCUUCACCGCACAGCUGAAACAGUUGCAGCCUGCCAACAAGGGCAUAUUGUCCUGAAAUAGGCCCACACAGGUCCAUGCAAGGGGGAAAGGUAUUCAAAGUCCAUGGACUGUUUAUGCCUGGACAAGAGCCGCUCCUGUCCUGAGCUCCCGAGGUUAAUGGAGCUGGCAAAUUAUCUUUUCCCCCAAUUAUGAAUUUAUUCCUUCUCCAAGGCUGGGAGAAUGGUUCAGGAAGUUCAUCAAGGCCUAUCUCAGGCCCAAAGAAGUCAACAGCCACUGAAGCUGGCUUGGGGGCGGGGGACGCGGUAAAAUAAAUGCAAGUGCUUAGCUUUUGCUGAGAGCACUGUCCUUCUCUGAUUCUGGAGGUGUGGGUAGGCUGUGCGGUUGAUUGUUUCUCGCUGAGGAAACUGCGGCUGAAUGCUAGUACCAGCCUGCUGCAGUCAUUCCCGGGAAGGGUGCCUGAGGGAUCCUGGUGAUUCAGUUCUGAUAUCUUCUGUCGGUUUCUGAACUGUCUUUCCCUCCCUCUGCUGCUCAGUCCAUUUUUUAACUUUGCCUUUGAUGUUCAGGGCUCCUAGCUUGUCAUAAAUAUAAUCGUUUCUCUCAGUUUUUUGGGUCUUUGUUGUAAGAGGGAUCCCUAGAAGUGUCUGGCUAUUCCACAGUCUUGGCCCUGCCUCCAUCCAGAAGUUACCUCUUCUGACUCCAAUCACCAGGGAUGAAUUUUGCCUGCACUUGAACUUUAUAUAAACAGUGUCACACAGUGUGUACUCUUUUGUGUCUGGCUUCUUUUUUUCAACAUAUUAUGUGUAUAAGAAUCAUCCAUGUUGCAUGUAACAGUAGCUUUUUUAUUGCUCAGUAAUGUACUACAAUUUAUUUAUCCAUUUAACUGUUGUUGAAUGGGGAUUGCGAAUAAAGCUGUUCUGAACAUUUUUAUACCUGCCUUUUAGUGGGCAUAUACACUUAUUUCUUUUGGGUGCAUACCAAAGAGAAGGGUUUGCUAGGUCAUAUGUUUAGCAUUAGUAGAACUGCCAAACCGUUUCCCAAAGUAGUUGUACUAAUUUAGACUCCCACCAGCAAUAUGUGAGAGUUCCAAUUGCUUCGUAUGUUUGCUAACGCCAGUAUCUUACUGAUUUUUGGCCAUUGUGAUGAGUGUAUAGUGUGGUAUCUCACUGUGAUUUUAAUUUGCAUUUCCCUCAUAACUAAUGAUAUUGAGCACCUUUUCAUAUGCUUGUAGUCCACUUGCACUUGGGUGGCUUCCUCUGUCAAGUGCCUAUUUAAGGCUUUGCCCAUUUGUUUAAAGCAGGUUUUGUCUUUUGCUUAAUGGUUCAUAGGCAUCAUUUAUAUUUUACAGAUUCAAGUCCUUUGUUGGAUAUAUGUAUUGCAUACUUCUCCCAGUCGGUGGCUUUCUCUUUUGCCCUCUUAGUGGUGUCUUUUGAUGAAACAAACAAACAAAAAAAAACCAAACCUGUUGCCGUCAAGUUGAUUCCGACUCAUAGUGACCCUAUAGGAUAGAGUAGAACUGCCCACACAGAGUUUCCAAGGAGUGGCUGGUGGAUUUGAAUUGCUGACCUUUUGGUUAGCAGCCUGAACUCUUAACCAAUGUGCCACCAGGGUAAUGUUUAAAAACAAAAACAAAACACACUAAUGCGAGAUGGAUUUUAAGGGUAAACGUGAAAGGCAAAACAACAGAGACUUAAGAAGAAAACAGGAGAAUAUUUUCAUGACCUGGGAGUAGGCGAAGAGGUCGUAAACAGGACACAAAUACCUCGGACCAUUAAAGAAAAGACUGAUAAACUGGACAUUAAAAUGAAUAGGUAUUCUUAAUUUUAACGAAGUCCAGUUCGUUCCCAUUUGCCUACUCCCAGGUCAUGAAAAUAUUUUCCUGUUUUCUUCUUAAGUCUCUGUUGUUUUGCCUUUCACAUUUAGCCUUAAAAUCCAUCUCACAUUAGUGUGUUUUGUUUUUGUUUUUAAACAUUGCCUCUGAACUAUUUAUUGAAAAGUUUAUCUUUUCCCCCAUUGAAUUAUAAAAGUACCUUUGUUGUAAAUCAAAAGACUAUAUAUAUGUGGGAGUCUGUUUUGGACUCUUUUUCUUUUUCUCAUUAGUCCGUUUUUUUUUUUUUUUUCUAUCUGUAUACCAGUAUCACACCAUCCUGAUUACUGUAGCUUCCUAAUAAAUCUUGAUAUCUGGUAUUGUAAGGCCUCCUGGUUUGUUCUUUUUUAAGAUUAUUAUGGCCAUUCUAGUCUCUGCAUAGCUUUAAUUAUUAUGAAUGAUGGUUGAGCAUCUUUUCCUGUGUUCAGGAGCCAUUUGUAUUUAUGUCUUUACAAAGGGUUUUUUCAUAUCUGUGUUACCUUUCUAUUCCUGCUGUAACACAUCACCACAAAAUUAGUUGCUUAAAACGACACAAAUUUAUCAUCUUAGAGUUUGAGGUCAGAAGUCUGAAAUGGGUCUCAUUGGGCUAAAAUCAAAGUUUCGGUAGGGCUGUGCUCCUUUCUGGAGGCUCUAGGGGAGAGUUCAUUUUCUUGCCUUUUCCAGCUUCUAGGGGCCACCCAUAUUCCUUAACUGUGGCCUCUUCCAUCUUCAAAGCCACCAAUGGCUGGUUGAGUCUUUCUGACAUCGCAUCUCACACUGACUCUUUUGCCUCCCUCUUCAGCAUUUAAGACCCUUGUGAUUAUAUUUGGCCCACCUGGAUAAUGCAGCAUACACUGUCUCUCGUUUUAAGGUCAUCUAAUUAGCAACCUUAAUUCCAUCUGCUACCUUAAUCGCCUUUGCCAUAAGCUAUGAUGAGCUAUAGCUGCUAAUGAAAAGGUUGGCAGUUUGAAUCCACCAGCUGUUCCUUGGAAACCCUGUGGGGCAGUCUUGCUCUGUUCUAUAUGGUCUCUAUGAGUCAGAAUUGACAGCAACAGGUUUGGGUUUUUUUUUUUUUUUUUUGGUUUUAUGUAAGGUAACAUAUUCACAGGUUCCAGGAAUUAGAAAUGGACAUCUUUGGGAGGCCGUUAUUCUGCCUACCACAAUACACUUUGCCCUUUUUUUUCUAUUGAAUUGUUGGUCUUUUUUCUAACCAAUUUCUAGGAGCUCUUUACAUACUAGGGAGAUUAGGCCUUUGUGAUUUGAAUUGCAAACAUACUUCCCCAGCUUUUUGUUUGUCUUUUGGUGUUUUGUUCAUUUUAUUGUUGUUCUUUGCAUGCAAACCUUUACUGUGGUUUAAAUUUAUCAGUCUUUUCCCAUAUGUCUUCUGGAUUUUGAGUCAGAUAACCCUCCUGAUUCCAGGGUGUAAAGACUUUCCUCAUGUUUUAUUCUAGUACUUUUAUGAUUCUGUUUUUACAUGUAAAUCUUUGAUCAAUUUGAAAUUUAUCCUGGUAUACUGUGUCAGGUGUGAAUAUGACUUCAUUGUUUUUCCAGACGGCUUCCCAAUUAUCUAGACACUAUUGAAUUCCCUUUCCUUUUUAGCUGUCUUCCUGGGUCCUGUUGCCAUCAGAGCAGCUCUAGGAUGUAAAGAGGCAGUGACUUAUCCAAGAUUGCACAUGUAAUAAGUGGCAGAGGUGGGACUGGAACUCAGGUCCAGCCCAUGCUACUGAUACAAACUGGUGGCUAGUUCUCUAGGUGCUUGCUGAAGCGGUUGUGUGGCAAGUAGAGGGGGACUGCUGAGGCAGAGCAGCUUCUAAGUUCCCUGGGUUCUCAAUGCUGUCCCAGGUCCUGCCUCACUUAGCUCUAAAAAAUAAAUAAAAAUAAAAAAAAACUUAGACUGGAAGUGAUAUAUUCGUUGCCACUACCAUACCUGGCCACUUGGGGCACCAUGUUUUCCUUUGUACCAGGCCACAAAUGUGAUAAAACCAUGUACAUUUGGGAGAGAUGUUUCACAAUUAACACAGAGAUCUUUGUACAGGCUCUUGGGUAUUGUCAUUUCUGUGGAGUUGUAUGCUUUUUGUGCACAGCCUCAUACCACAAGGUGUGUCUUUUUAGCUCUCAAUAAAGAUGGUUUAAAAAAAAUUAUUCUUAAAGAAGCAACAUUUGUAUCACUCCACAGGAGCCAUUCCAUAUGUGACCAUGAGCGAGGGUGCCUGAUUGCUAAGGAGGCUCGUAAGCUGACUGUAUGCUGAGGAGACUCAUUCACUGUCUUGUGCCAGGCUUAUUAGGCAACAGACUGACCACAAUGUUUUAGCACAGCACUGUGGUCCUUUCAGGAUUGCUCACAGUAGCAGAGACUGUGAAUGGGAAAUCCCCAAAUGUCAGUGGCCCAUUGCACUGGCUUACAAAUACUCAAGAGGCUUGGGGCUUUGCAAAGGUAAAUCUAAUAGGUGAGCUCAGGCAGAAAAUAGGAGCAAGAAUAAGUUGGAAGCAGCCUUCUACAGUGGAAGAGCUGAGCUGUGGUCCUUGCUCUGUCUGCCACUAAUUUGUGACUCUGGAAGUCACCCUCCCUCUCUGGACCUUAGGAUUCCUGCCAGGGAAAUGUGAGAGUUAGACUAGACAAUUUCUAAAAUCUGGUACACUUCUCAAACCGUGUCUUCAUGUCCACAAACUGCUGCACAUCCCAAUAGACUUGAGUGUCUACAGUUGCCUUGCAUGCAGUAGGUGCUUCGUAUGUUUGUUAAAUAAUGAAUGAAUGUUACUUACAGUAUUUUCCUCAAUCCUUCCCUUCAGCCAGCCUUUAUUAGUGGUGGGUAACAUGCCAUCUAGCAUUCUGGAUGCUGUGGAGGAAUACAGCAAAUGUUUAUUACUUCAUGGCACUCAGAUUUAGUGAGAAAGAGAGCCCAUGAAAACAAGUGAAGUAAACCUGGCACAUAAUAUGCACUUAAUAAGUACUGACUGUGAACGAAUGGGGAAAAAAAGCAGGAAAUGAUAAGGAUUAAAAGAGAGGAUGAAGAAAAAGGAGUGACUAAUUUUGGAAACCCUCAGGGGUUUCCUUAGCAGAGCAAGGGUAAAGAACAUUUGUGCUAAAGGAUCAACACGAGCAAAUAGAAGAAGACUGUAAAUUGUGAGUCAUGGUUAAGGGACAGGUUGUCGACCAGCAAGAUACAUUAGAGUUGGAUAGGGCCAAGUCUCCAACGGCAUGCUGAGGGGCGUUGACUUUAUUGUAGAGACAGAGAGGAGCCAUUAUGGGCUACUUAGGAAGACGCUUCAGAAGCUGAUAAUUACAGCAGAAGAAAAAAGACUUUCCUUUGAAUAAAAGCCUUUUUAUAUAACAAAAGACUGACGGUAGUUGAGCACCUACUGUGUGUGGCACAAUUCUAAGCAUUUUCAUAUACCAUUUCAUUUAGUCAUCACUUCGCAAGGCAGAAAGUAAACAGAGAAGAAAUGUCCCCGUUUUCUAGAUGAGGAAAUGGAGACUCAAAUACACGGAGCCCAGACUAACAUCUGCUGACUCGAGUGGUCUUCAUGUAAGCCUGUUUUACAGGUGAGAAGAGUAUGCUCAGAAAAGUUAAAGAUCUUGUCUUAAGAUCUUAUAACUAAUAUUUGAUGGGACUAGGAUUUGAACCAAGUUUUCUGACUCUGAAGAAUGUACUUUUUUUUUAUUAGAUUAAUUUUUGUUUAUUACACAAUAGUAUAUGUGCUUAGUUAAAAAAAAAAAAAAACUUAAUAAUAAAAAACAGCAGUUUCUGCCUCACCUUUUCCCAUCCCCUAGUCCCAGUCUCAGAGCCAACCGUUUUUAUUAUUUCUUCAGGUAGUUACCUCUGUAUUUCCAAAUUAAAUGCUUAUUUGAGACAUCAAUUUUAAAUCUUAUCUAUUGAUUUUUUUCUAUUGAUUUCUUAAUGUAAAUAAAAAUUUAAUUAUUUUACACUAUGUUAUGGAUUGAAUUGUGUCCACCAGAAAUAUCUGUCAACUUAGCUGGGCCAUGAGUCCCAGUAUUGUGUAAUUAUCCAUCAUUUUAUGUGAUUUUCCUCUAUGUUGUAAAUCCAGUCACUAUGACAUUAAUGGGAUUGAUUAAAGCCGUUAUAUUGAUGAGAUCUACAAGAUUGGUAGUGCCUUAAGCCAAUCUGUUUUGAGAUAUUGGUAGUGUCUUAAGCCAAUCUGUUUUGAGAUAUAAAAGGGAGAAGUGAGCAGAGAGACAGGGGGACCUCAUACCACCAAGAGACCAGUGCCAGGAGCAGAGUGCAUCCUUUAGGCCUGAGCUUCCUGCUCUAAGAUGCUCCCAGACCAUGGGAAGACUGAUGACAAGGACCUUCCUCCAGAGUCAACAAAGAGAGAAAACCUUCCCCUGGAGCCAGUGCCCUGAAUUCAGACUUUUAGCCUACUAGACUGUGAAAGAAUAAACUUUUCUUUGUAAAAGCCAUCCACUUGUGGUAUUUCUGUGUGAUCAAGACACACAACCACCUCCAUUUCCUCUCCCUCGAUUCUAUCAACUAUACUUAAAUCGUAAGUCCAUUUUUAUAACCAGUAUAAAUAUUCUCACUGCUGGCCUAAGUAAUGUACCAAGAUAUGGCUCCUAUGCUGUACUUUUUCUUUUCUUGGAGUUAAAAUUGCCUGUUUUCCUCCCAUAGGACUGUUUUUCUGUGUACUAAUCACUAAUUCUCCCCAAAUGCCCCCGAAAGAGUUGCAAAACAACUCUUGAUCUUCGUUUUGACAUGGUCAUGUACACCAAAUCUAUCAGCAGCCUCCUCACCCCCACUUCAUCCCACUCUAGAGCUCCAUCCUCUGUUCCAAUCUGAAAUGAUUAUUGUAGGCCUGCAUAGCUGGUACCCUCUGACUUCUGUUGACCAUUCUUCUGUGUUAAAUCUCUGUUUCAACUGUUCCCUGUCUUCCUUUUAUGAGAUUAGUCUCUCAUUUUGGUAGAGAACAUCUUUUAGUAGCUUACUGAGAGAGUGGUUGAAGAUAAAAUUUUUGAUUCCUUGAAUUUCUGAAAAUACAUUCAUUAGUCUUCCUUCAAACUUGAUUGAUAGUUUAGCUGUAUGUAGGAUUCUAGGAAGUUACAGAAAGAUGUUCUCUACCAAAACAAGAGAAAUUCUUUUCCUUUUUUAUUUUAGAGCCAUUGUCUUCUAGCUUCUAGUGUUACUAUUGAGAAGUCUUUUGUUUUUUCUUUUCUGUUCCUCUGUAUAUGACCAGUUUUUCCCCCUCUUUGAAACUUUUAGGAACUUCUCUUUAUCCUAAGUUUUUUUUUCAUUGGUGGACCUUUGGAUACCAGUAUUUAUGGGCCUUUUCUUAAAUCUGCUGCUUUGGGUGUAUAUGCCUGGUUGUUGAUUUUCUGGGAAGGAUAGGUCAGAGAACUGGGAACUCCAUCAUUCAAUGUACAGACUAUAAAUUAAUACCUUUAUCUUAUCCUAUGCCUUCUCCCACACUCUGAGUGGUCUGGUUUUUUCCGUGAGUCCAGAGCUUCCCUGGAUCAGUUUCUUCAGAGAUUUAAUCUCUAGUGUUCCUUGCGGGGUGGCUGCAGGAACGUUGCCUGGUGGUGUGUAUGGGGAGAAUCUGGGCAUCUUACUAUUCCAUAAAUACACUUUCAACCAAUCCCUCUGAUCUCAGCCCCGUCCUUACCCCACUUUCAAAGGCACCUGGUGCCCCUCAGUCCUGAAGCUUUCCAGGGUUCUGCAAGAAAAAUGAGUUCCUUUUCAAUGAGCUUUAGCAGGCACUGGGGUGCAGCCUCCUCCACUGUACCAAGUCAGUUACCUCUUCAUCUGUUCUUCAUCUGAAUUGUGUUGAGCUGUCUUACCUGCUAUUGUCUUCCCUUCCAUUCCCUUUUUCUUAGUGGAUUUAUACCUUCUUUAUUCCUUUCUAGUCAGUUUAAUAGGAAUUUGUGAGGGGGGAAAUAGAGAUAAAGGCCUGGGCUCAAUCCGCCCUGAUUAAUGGGAUGUUCCUAGCUGGCACUUGUAGCCUGCAGUUGAAAAGGAUAGUGGAAGUGGUCCCAAACUGACCCUGAGACCGCUCAGCAGGCUGGGAUUUGCAUUGCCGUGUGGUAUGGCAGAAGGUAAGUCUCCCAGAGCUGAAGCCUUGGCACUGUGGCCUUUGUGUCGGCAAGUUUUGUUAGUUUUGUGAGUCUGCUCGUUUUAUUCCAGUAACACCUCUGAGAUAAAUUCUAUGUAUGAAAGGAAUUUACAAUGAUCAAUUGGAAACCAGCUUGCAAAAAUUUUUGCCAAAUGGCAUUACAUAGCAAGAAGGCCAAAAAAAAAAACCACGUAAAAUGAUGGGGAGCUCUUGGACAGAUGCUUUCAAAUUUUCAAUUUUUGCCAAAUGGAGAGAAUAGCCAAAGAAGAUUUAUAGGCUUCUUCUGGGGAAGGGGACUGCCUUUCUAAGGGAGAUGAGCAGAACUGAGCUGAUCUAUGUAAGAAGAGGCCUGGGGUCAUAAAACCAGACUGUAAAAGGUGGAGAGACUUUUAGGAAUGGCCUAAUCCCCACAGAGGAGGAAGUUAAGACCUGAUUUAAGGCAGUGGCUAUAGAAGGUUAGAAUGAAGACUUUUAGCUCUGUAGGAAGAUCAGGAAGUUGUUUCUGUAGAGAAGGGUUAGUGAAGCACAGCUACUUAAUUUCUUUUCAUGUUUGUAUGCAUAGUGUUUCUCCUAAGUGGACCCGCUAUAGGGUAUAGUGUUGUGAUGCCUUUGAUAGUGUAACAUCAGUGUGAUUAUUCUAUGAUUAUUCCGAUUGCUGUGGUAACUUGGCUCAGGGCACGGACCGCUUUCCUGGCCACAUUUCAGGAAUUGUCCUAUCCUAUAGAACUUUCUCCCUUGUUGUUGUUGUUAGGUGUCAUUGAAUCGGUUCCAACUCAUAGCAACCUCAUGUACAACAGAAUGAAACACUGCUCGGUCCUGUGCCAUUCUCACAAUUGUUGCUAUGUUUGAGCCCAUUGUUGCAGCCACUGCAUCAAUCCAUCUCAUUGAGGGUCUUCCUCUUUUUUGCUGACCGUCUGCUUUACCAAGCAUCAUGUCCUUCUCCAGGGACUGGUCCCUUCUGAUAACAUGUUCAAAGUACAUGAGACAAAGUAUCAUCACCCUGUCUUCUAAGGAGCAUUCUGGCUGUACUUCUUUCAAGACAGAUUGGUUUGUUCUUCUGGAAGCCCGCAGUAUAGUCAAUAUUCUUCGCCAACAACAUAAUUUGAAGGCAUCAAUUGUUCUCUGGUCUCCCUUGUUCAUUGUCCAGCUUUCAUAUGCACAUGAGGCAAUUGAAAAUACCAUGGCUUACAUCAGGCGCACCUUAGUCCUUAAGGUGACAUCUUUGCUUUUCAACACUUCAAAGAGGUCUUUUGAGCAGAUUUGCCCAAUGCAAUAUCAUUUGUCUUUUUGACUGCUGCUUCAGUAGGUGUUGAUUGUGGAUUCAAGUAAAAUGAAAUCUUUGACAACCUCAGUGUUUUCUCCGUUUAUCAUAAUGCUGCUUAUUGGUCCAGUUGUGGGGAUUUUUGUUUAUCCAUAGGUGCCAAGAAGCCUUUGCAAGGGUUGGGUCUUCAGUAGGAGCCCAGUAUAUGUGAAGGCUCUGUUUCCUUCAGGGGAAGCCAGGAUGGAGUCACUAAUUUCUGGGGAGUGACCUGAAAGCAUAUAGCAAAAAUAUGAUUAAUGACUUGGUGCAGCAGCUCACUGCCCCAGUAAACAGGCCAGCCCAGGCAGGCUGCCUGGACAGAAGCACUCUCCACUCUCUUAAUUUCCAACUCCAGGCUUCCUCUCAGCAGGUCUGCAGAUAAUGGUUGGAGCUUUGUGCCCCGGUAGCUAUGGGAGCAAACAGGAGGGGAGGGAAUGAACAUUCAUUGGGCACCUCCUUCAUGUCAAGCAGUGUGCCGGGCAUCUUCAUUAUAAUGAAGAAAACAGUAACAGUUAGCACUACCAAGUGUUUACCCUGGUGCCAGGCACUGUGUGUAGAUUCUUUUUUUCUUCAUUUAAUCACUAAGCAAUCCUAUAAGGUAGCUACUGUUAUUAGCCACAUUUUGCAAGUGAGAAAAUUGAGGCAGAGAGAUUAUAUGACUUGCCCAGGUACAUACAAGUUAGUAAAUAUCUAAGAUAGGGUAAAUUUGAUGCGGGUGAAACAGUCUGGUUUUCCGAGUGCCAAGGUAGAAGACUCGAGCAGAGGACUUGAUAAUAGACAUCUGAAUUGAAGCUCUGUUUUUAGUUCAAUCCAAUCUAAGGUUUCUUCUUCGCCCUUUCUGAAAGUGCUUCCUCCUACCUUCACGGUCACAUCCUUUCCCUCAUUAGUGUCCAGCACAGAUACUUUCGUGAAUUGAAUUGUGUCCCCCAGAACGAUCUGUCAACUUGGCUAGGUCAUGAUUCCCUGGUAUGAUCAUCUACCAUUUUAUCUUCUGAUGUGAUUUCCCUGUGUUGUAAAUCCUGUCACUAUGAUGAAAUAAGAUGGAUUAGUGGCUGUUAUACUGAUGAAGUCUACAAGAUUAGGUAUUGUCUUAAUCCAAUCUCUUUUGAAAUAUAAAAGAGAGAAGCUAGCAGACGAGCGGUGCUGGGAGUAGAGCAUGUCCUUUGGACCUGAGGUUCCUGCGCUGAGAUGCUCCCAGACCAAGGGAAGACUGGUGACAAGGCCCUUUCUCCAGAGCUAACAGAGGGAGAAAGCCUUUCGCUGGAGCUGCCACCCUGAAUUCAGACUUCUAGCCUAGUGGACUGUGAGAAAAUAAACUUCUCUUUGUUAAAGCCAUCCACUUGUGGUAUUUCUGUUAUAGCAGCACUAGAUAACUAAGACAGUCACCUUGGAUGUCAUCGGCCUCAAGGAAAUCUAUGAUAAUGCAUGAAUGUGAAGUGUUUUACUCUCGUCUUCAGAGUAGAACAGCCUUAAACUACCCAACUUUGAAAACUUUGAAGAAUUUCGUUAGUAACCCCUCCCCUUGUUCAGAGUGUGACUGGCUUAAUGAAUUUGCGGAGCACAGCAGAAAGUCUUUCUCCUGUCUCUCCCCUCACUUUUCAAGAUGCACCCGUCCACACAUGGCCUACAGCCACAGAGCAUCCUCAUUUGCAUGGGCUCUGUAGGGCCUCCUUGCACCCACGUGUUUUAAAGAAGAGGGAUGCAAACUGCUAGGUCCCUAAGAGGCACACAGUUAUAAAUGUUAUUUCAUUUCUUCCAUACAGCAGCUCUCUGGUAGGUAGGAGUUUGGUUUAGUGUCAAUACCACAGGGUUUCAAAUCAGAGAGACUAGGGUUUCAAUCCUAACUCUAUUAUUUAAUAGCUGUAUGACGUGGAACAAGUUACUGAACUCCUCUGAGCCUAGGUUUCCUCAUAUGUCAAAUGGAGACAAUAGUGGCCAUCUCACAGAGCUAUAAGGGUGAGUGUGAUAAUGGAUGUAAAGCCCUCAGCAUAGGGCCGGGCAUACAGUGAGCACAUAACACGUAGUAAUUGUGACAUUGGUUUUAUUGCAGGGGAAGUGGUAGCCCAGAGAGGCUAACUCAUUUGUCUAAGAUAGACAUUAUCCCUAUUUUAUGUAAAAGGAAACUGAGGCUGAGAGGUCAAGUGUCUUCCCCAAGAUUGUACAACCAGUGAGCAACAGAAUUUGAGCUAAAACUAGAAGUCAGGUCUCCUGACUUCUCAUCUGGGUCUCCUGAUAUUCACCAAAAGCAUCUAGAAAACUGGAAUAAAUGCCCCAAAUCCAGUUAUAACUGGCUCUUUGGUGAUGGAGCCCAAGCCUAGCCUCCCUUCUGCUGAAUCCUGCUUUCUAGAGACAGGGUGCUGGUGAAAAGUGUGUGUGUGUGUACAAAUGCAUAUGUAUAAGUGAUGGAGCAGGAAAAUAUCUGGGGAGCCAUGAUUUCUCAGAGAGCUCCAGGAAUGCAAUAUUUUGGUUAAUGGAUUUUCUCAGAGUAUUAACCUCUUGGUUUCAAGUCUUGUUGAAAGUCAUUAUGAAAUGUGUUGCAGCCAUUCACUUUCUGAUGCUAGAACAGGCUUCUAGUGAAUGUAAUUAAAUCCUUCUUAAAUGACUGAGGAUCUUGGCAGGGUCUCCAGUCAUCAUCAGAAUGAUCAUUUUUUGAGUUCAGGGCUCUAAUAACAACCUGUAUGUCUUUCCAGCUCUUUUAUAUCCAUUAUGCCAUUUAAUCAUGGCAGCAGCCCUGUGUGUGUGUGUGUGUGUGUGCGCGCGCGUGCGUGCAUGCGCACACGUGCCCUGGGGAUGAGGGGCAGGAUGGGGUGAUAAUUAUCCCUAUCUCAUAGGUGAGGAAGCUGGGACUCCGAGAGCGUGGAUGCCUUGUUGAGAAUUAUGUAGCUUGAUAGUAGCAGAGAUAGAACUGAAGUGACAUUUGCUGAGAUCUGGUGUCGUAGAGAAGGGAAAAAAAGGUUUUAGAGUCAGACACACCUGGGUUUAAGUCAUGGUUUUGCCACUUACUAAUGGUGCUGACCUUUUAUUGGAAGCUUUGAGUAGAUCAUAAUUCCAUCUAGCCUUGAUCUGUAGGAAGGCAGUGUGGUGCAGAGAAAAGAGGCCUGGACUGGGAGUUAGGAGACUCAAAUUGGUGUUCUUGGUUCCACCCCUGUUCAGCAUGGUGACUUGAACAAAACAUAUAAUCUCUUUAGGUUUUAAUUCCUCAUUUAUAAAAACAGUUGAGCUACUUUUGGAAAGUUCUUUGGAGCUAUUAUCAAGAGCCUUAAAGAUGUCCAUUCACUUUCGUUUAUUAAUUCAUAUCCUGGAAUUCUCUCCUAAGGAAAGUCCUUAAAUAUGGAAAGAGCUUUAUUGUUAAGAAUGAACAUCAUAGCAUUUUUAUAAUUCAGUAAAACUAGAAGCUACCUAAAUGUCCAACAGUUGAGAUUGGAUAAAUGACAGCCUGUUUGCUUGACUAAUUGGCAGUGUUUACUAAGAGUAACAGCACUGGUUAUGUAAAAACAAAACAGAAAGCCAUGUAUGAAAAAAGUACUGAAAGGAAUCAUAUUUCCCAAUGUAGGCAACAUUAUUGAUGCUAUCCAAGAUGCUUCAUAAUCCUGCCCUAGUCAUCCACCUCAGCUGUCCUUGUGCCACAACUAUUUACUGUAUAUGGUGACCUUGGUGCACAUUUUCCUGAACAGAUGCCUUUCACCCCUCUAUGCUUUUGCAUGUGCUGUUCAUUCCUCCUGAAAUGCCCUUCCAUCCCUUGUCCAGCAGGUGAACACCUACUGUCCUUCAGAUCCAGCUCUGUGGAUUUCCCUCACUUCCUGGAUGGAAUCAAUUGCUCCCUCAUCUCUGUUCCUGUACGUUUUAUACCUUGGUUCUAGCUUGUACGCAUUGUGUUACAGUCUGUGUCUGUUUCUGUCUCUGCACAUAGACUGGGAGCUCCUUGAGGGUCAGAACAGUGUUAUCGCUAAAUCCCCAGUACUUAGAAGUGGGUCUGGGAUUUAAUAGGCACUUUCAGUACAUGUUAAGGAGCCCUGGUAGUGCAGUAGUUAAGUGCUUGGCUACUAAUUGAAACGUCAGUGGUUUGAACUCAGGAGCUGCUCUGCAGGAGAAGGAUGUGACAGCCUGCUUCCAUAAAGGUUGCAGUGUUGGAAACCCUAUGGGGCAGUUUAGUUUGUCCUAUAGGAUCACCAUAAGUUGGAAUUGAUAGCAAUGAGUUUUUGGCCGUUCAAUACAUGUCUGUUACUUUCACAACAUUGAAUUGUUUUUUACUUUUACUAUUUGCUUUUCAGUGUUGUUUGUAUAUUUUGUAAUAACCAUGCAUUGUACUUAUAAUAACAUUAGUUCAACCAUCCAUUUAUUUUCAGUGAGGUGACUGGCCUAGCUCAGUGGUUCUCAGAAUAACCUGGAGAGCUUAUUAAAAAUGCAGAUUCCAGGGCCCCUUAGCAGGCUUCCUCAAUCCACAUCACCCGGGUAAGAACCUGGAAUCAGUGUUGUUAACAAGCAACCAUGCAAUUAUGAUAUAUAGCCAUGUAUGGGAACCCUUGACCUAAGUACCUUUAAAUCCCUUAAGGUAAAGUCUUUCCAGCUCUUGGAUUGGCCCCCGUCUCUUGUCACUCCUGCUGUAAGAGACCUCAGCAUGAGAGCAUUGUGGAGCAACAGGGCAGACAAUGGAGAAUAACUGUAAUAGCUUCCAUUAUUGAGCACCUAUUUUGUCCCAAGGACAGCUUUACAUACAGCAUUUCUCAUCUACCCAACAAUACCUUAUGGUUAGUUUUAUUAUCUCCAUUUUACAGAUGAGGAAACUGAGGCAAAGAAAAAUCAAGUGACUUGCCCAAGCUCAAGUAAUGAGAAAGCAGCAGAGUUCUGUAUUUGAAUUCAUUUCUGUCAGAUUUCAAAGCCCAAGAACUAGACCCUCCAUCUUAGACACCCCUUCCCCCAGCAGGGCCACUUGCAGCCCUGCUUUGUGCAGACCUGCCUGGUGUGGGCACCGGCGCCCUCUGUUCAGCAGUGUGGGGUGAGCAUCAUUGGUGGGCAGUGAUGCAUCGUGGAAGUGGAGGCUCCAGCUCACCAAAUGUGCUGUGGUGCCCACCCGCCUGCUCACAGGGUGCAGUGAAGCAGCGGAAUUCAGUUUGUAGCAGUGACCUAAGAGGAGCUAUUUUUAGUAAGAAAGUAGGUCAGGGGCUGCAGCGGUGCUGCCUGAGAAAUGAACAGCCUCCCCUCUCACCCGGAGGCUUGCUCACUUCUUCUCACGCAGCCAGGGUGGAGGUGAGGAAGGCAGAUCUGACAUCCUCACGUGACUAAAGUUGUAAUUGUCACUCUGGAGUCAUAGGGAGAAACACACACACAGGCUCUUGUUUGUGUUUGUCUGGGGUCCUGGCCCCAAUCUUUCUCGAGAGAUUGGAAUCCCUUCUUAAAACAUCUCUAAUGUGGUGGAAGACUCGUGCAUUGAACACAUGCUAUGAGCCAGCUACUAUUCUGGGUUUCAUAUACACUGUCUUAUUUAAUCCUUAUGAUACCUCUGCAAGGUAGGUAUUAUUACCCCCAUUUUGCAGAUGUGGAAACAGCGUCACAGAGAAAUUAAGCUACUUACUCAAGAUCACACAGCUUCUGUGUAGUAGAGCCAGAUUUUGAAUCCUGAGUUCCUGGGUGGUACAAACAGUUAAUGAGCUCUGCUGCUAGCUCAAAGGUUGGCAAUUAGAGUCCACCCAGAGGUGCCUUGGAAGAAAGGCGUGACGUUUUACUUCUGAAAAAUCAGCCUUUGAAAACCCUAUGGAACGUAAUUCUACUCUGACACACAUGGGGUUGCCGUGAGUCCGGGUCAACUCAUGGGCAAGUAAUGACAGACACCAGAGCUGACAACCAGUCCAUCAAACCAUGCUGGAGGUGAUUUUUAAAUUCUCACUCUACCUCAGCCCCGUCCUAUUUGAUUCUUCAGAGAGAACAAAGAUGGCUGGACUUCUCCGAGUCAGACAGUCUGCUCCUUUCACAACAAGAAAGGGUACCCAGGACACAGACCCCUCCUCCUGAGAGGUGAGAGUACAUCCCCACACACUGCUGCCCAGUGAGGCCAGUAGUUGCCAAAAGCAGACCAACCACCUGAUUUCCCCAGGCCUGGAGCAUUUCAAAAUCCUCUGCCCCAUACGCCCUACCACAUAUUAACUUCAGAUCUGUGGCAAAUUGCAGGGCGCUUAUUGGUGAUGCAUAGGUGGAUACGCGCUUGUUAACAGAAUGCGGUAAUUGACAUAUCGUGAUUCAUUAUCCACAGCACGGAGGACUCUAGCAGAAGCUCACUUUGUGGCCAGGUGCCACUGGCACCAUCAGCCUUGAGGAUUUGUUCCUGGCUCUGUUCUGGCUCUCCAGCUGGAAAGCACUAUCCCCUCAGGGGCCAGAAGCUGCCUGAGGCUCUGCCUUAUCCUGUUCCCUCCUCCAGGCAAGAAAAAAAAAAGCGGGGGGAGGGGGGCGGUGGUGGUUAGGCCAUUUCUCCUGCUCCUAAACUGAAUGAUCUUGGAGGGAGGUUAUUUGUUCGUACAUUCAACAAACAUUUCAAAAAACAUUUUUGAAAAUGUGCUAGGCACUGGCCUAGGUGCCGGGCAUGCAAUGGGCAAUAAGACAAAGAUAGCUUCUGCCCUCAGAGACCUUACAGUCUCUCUCUGUGCCUGUUUCUUUAUCAUCAAAUAGGUAGGAAAGAGAAUUGGAUUUGUUGAUCUCUUCUAGCUCUAAAAUUUCAGAACCUGUGGUUCUGGAUUACAUAUAUUUAUUAAUGAGUCAUAGUGUCAGUCUUUGUCAUUUUUAUCCAAUGCCAAAGAGGAAAAAAAAGUGAAAAUCCAGAAUUUCAGAAUCUGGAUGGGUACCAUGGACACAAGCUAAUUCAAUUUCUUCGCUUCCAGAUGGGAAAAAUAAGGCUAAAGGAAGGGUGUGACUUGCCCAGCCUAUUAUCCACAGAGCCAGGAUUGGGGGGCAAAUCAGCUGAGCCCAGGUUUCACCUGUAGUUCUCCCGAGACUGCCUGCCCACUCAGCACUGCCGACUAGCCCCUCCUUGGAACCCUUUGGGGUGAGUGCUCCCGGAUCUCCCCCAACCUACCUCUGAAACCACUACUUCUGGGCUCCUUUACCAGCAACAAAGUCUGUGGAAGAGGAAGAAGUUGGGUGACUUCAAGUCAUUUGAUUGCAAGCUGGAAGCAUGAGCCUGAAGCAUUGACUCAUUGUGUGUCCUUGGGCUAGACACUUCCCCAUUCUGCCCCUCAGCUCUCAUACCUGCAAAGUAAAGGGAAUGGAUAAAUGUUUCAUUCACCUGCCCUGUGAACCAGUUCUGUUGAAUCACUUGGGAUAAUUGUUCAAUGUACAGAUUCCUAGAUGCCAACUCUAGACUUACUGAAUCAGAAUUGCAAAUUGGGUGCUUGGGAAUCUAUUUACUUCUAAUAACCUUCUAAGUGAUGCAGCCAAGUUUUGAGUAGGUGUCUUCCAAGAAUCCCUCCAGUUCUGAUGGUCUAGGAUCCUCUGCCUUCUCUUGCUUGCUCAGUUUCCUUCUUUUCUUUUAUCCUUUUUUCCCUGGAGACAUCCCCUCACUGUACUGUGAACCUCUCAGGAGCAGGAACUGCAUCUUACUCAUCUCUGUAGCCCCAGCAUCCAGCCUAAUGUCUGGCACACAAGAACUAUGCAGUCAGCACAGGAAGGAAUGGGCUUUUGGGACUUCACUACCACUUGUACACCUCUGAGUAAUUUCCAUCAUUUUUCCUGCAGACUCAAUCACUGUAAAUCUCUUCUGAUAUGUUAAAUGGAAAGAGCACCGAUUUUAGAAUCUAACAGAACUGGGCUUGAAUCUCAGCUCCCAAGCCAUUUAAUCUUUUGAAGCUGUAGUUUCCAUGACUUUAAACUGCACCUGUUGCUCAAGAUUGUUGUGAGGAUUAUCUAACUACAUGAGAAAAUGGAUGUUAAAAUACUUGACAUGUAGUAGGAAUUCAAAUGUUAUAGCUUCUUUUCUUCCUUUAAGUGCACAGUGGUGAGGGGCAGGAAAAGGAGGGAUAGACACUCAGAAGAAUGGAGCAUCCCCAAGCUGGGCCACAGAGGAUUACAUUAUGGUCUUUUGUCAUCUUGGCUUUCUGGGGCACUGAGGUUCUGACUGAGGCCUAGAGGCACCAUGAUGGAUUCCCACUUGUUCAGCCUUGGGCACAUCAGAAUUCAGACUUAGACUCUCCUGACUCCAAAUGCAGUGUGCUCUCUCCAUUACUACAGGGAAGUAGAAAAAGACAGAGAAAUUCAAGUUGGUGAAGGGACUAUUGUAGGUUUGGGUUUCUUAUGCAGGACCAAUGUCUGGACUUUCCAUAAGAAACCCAGAUUCAUUCAAAAUGGUGGCUUCCAGAGCCAGAGAUCUUUGGGUUCAUUCUGUUAGCACAUUAACUCCCUUCUUCACACACUGUAUACUGGGACUGCCAAUAGCAUGCCGUUUUUCAUAAAAGUCUGUUUUUCUAACCAAGUCCAGCUAUUUCAGCCCCAUUUUACAGAGCAACAGGUUGUGAUUAAGACUGCAGACUUUCGAGUUAGACGUAGGUUCAAAUCCUGGCCACAUCAUGUUUAAGCAAACUGUCUCUGAGUUGCAGUUUCUUCCUUUCAGAAUAGGGUUAGUAAUAUAUAUCUCAUUGUACUAUGAGAACUAAGUGGAUACUAGAUGUAAGGCACUUGGCAUAGUGCCUGAUGCAUAGUAAGUAAAUCCUCAGUAAAUGACAAUGCCAUGACCUCCUCAUUUAUAGAAGGUCGGCGAGUAUAGUGAGUACUAGAGGGAAGUACCAAAAAGCAACAGUUCUAAGGAGUCUAAGGCAGACUCAGGACAACCUUAGGUAUAGUGUUAGAAAGGGACCUGGUAUGACUCAUUGGAAUAAACUCCAGAAUAGCUAUGUUUUAUUUACUCCUUCAGUAGAUUUUUAUUGACUACCUACUAUGUGUCGGACCUUGUGCUAAGAGUUGGAGAUAUAAUGGUGGUAAAACAGAUGUGGUCCCUGCCCUCAAGGAGCUUAUAAUCUUGUGGGGAAAUUAGACAUUAUUAAAAUAAUGACGCCAGUCAUGUAAAUUUUAGAAUGAAUGCUAUGAAAGAAUGGGCCAAGAUGCCAUGAGAGCCUAUAAUAGGGGUCCUGACCCACUUCAGGUGAUCAGGAAAGCUUUGCUGAGGAAGUGACAUCUGAGCUGAGAUGUGAAGGAUCAUUAGGGGUCAAGUAGGUGCAGGGAGGGAUUAGGACGGGGGAAAAGCUUUUUAGACAUAUGGAGCAGUAUAGCCCCCAGAAUGAGAGGCAGCUUGAUAUGUUUUCAAAGAACUGAGCAGGUCAGUCUGACUUGAGUGCAGGAAGUGGGAAGGAGUAUGAGGUAAGAAAAGGGGCUGGAAAAGGAGUUGGGGCCUUAUAGGCCUUGUUAAGGAUUUUGUUCUGUUUAUUCUAAGAGCGUGGGGAUCGUUGAAGGAUUUAGAGUAGAGGAGGGUAUAUGUGCAUGUUGUAUCUCUGGAGAGUGAUAUGAUCAAUUUGCUAUUUCUCAGAGAGCUCUCUGAUAAUAGUAUUAAGAAUGGGCUGGAGGUCUUAAGAAUGGGUUGUGGGAAGCCCAGUUAAGAGAUUUUUACAUUAGUCCAAGGAAGAAAUAAUAGUAGAUAGGACUAGAGUAGUAACAGCAGAGAUGAGGAGGACUAAGUGGCUAGAUAUAUUUAGGAGGUACAAUUGGCAGGACUUGAUGAUGGGUUGGAUGUGGCCGUGAGGAAAGAGAAAGUAUGAAGGACAAUACUCCAGGUUUCUGGAUGCAUGUGUAGACUAUAGCCCUACCAUUCACUAAGCAAAAAAAAAAGUGAAAAGCAGAUUUGGGUUGAAAGAUCUUGAUCUGCAUUUGAACACAUUGCUUUUGAGAUGCCUUUAAGACAUCCAAGUAUAGAGGAUCUAUAUAUAGGGCCACAGAGGGUAGGACAGAAUGGCCUUGGAAUGCCUUUGGGCAGUCUGACCCAGAUCCAGGCUCUCUGGGGUCAGGCUUAUAGUCCAGUUGGUCUGAGGACCCAUGAUUUGCUUCCCACCCCUUAUGGCUGUUUUCUUCUCAGAGUGUCCUGAGAAAGAAUGCCAUGAGGAAUCUUAGCCUAAGGAGGUAUAUGAACGGUCUGAGGAGAGAGUCUGCUUCUUUAAGGUAAACAACUCAGUGAUACAUGUUGUUUAAGGUGGACUUUUUUUCUUCUAUGGGUGAGAUAUUUGUGGGGAUGGUUUUUGUGUGUUCUUUUGUUCAUUUUUUUAUUCAUUUACUAAUUAAAAUAUUCGCUACUAAUAUAUACCUCCUGUGUGGCAGGUUCAAUGCCUAGUCAGAAAGGACCCCUGAUUCUUUAGGGAGUGACGCCCCCAGAGCCCAUCUGGCAUUGCUGUUCUUAUUCUUUCAAAGAAACCAAGCAGGAUGGGGCACUUUGUCUGAAUGCUGACUCUCCAAGAUGCUGAACUGCUGACUUUAUCAAGGGGACACGUCCUUGAGUUCAGAGGCUUGGUUUGUCAGGGGCUUUCUGCAGCCACAACUCCCUAGUCUAUCUCUGGGGCCUCCACUCUUUUGCAGUCUCCAUCAACUGUACCUGCAUGGAUGCCAUGUCUCUACUUUGAGUGGGCUCAGCUGGGCAGUCAAAGCCAUGUGUUCUGGUUUAUUGUCUGAGAGCAUAUUUUUUGUGUCCAGGUGAGUGUGAAAGUGAAGGAAGGUAAGCUUGAAGGAAGGUGAGGGUGAAGGAAGGUGAGGGCGAAGGAAGAUGAUGGUGAAGGAAGUGGCAGAGUAACCUUCGAGUUCUCCGGAGCAGUGACAGGGUGGCUGGAUUGGGUGUUUCAGGUGGGGGAUGGGCAGAGGAGUGACUCAUCCAGCACUGGCACCAUGUCAUAGGCUCUGUGACUACCCAUGUGGACUAGAUAUGUGCUGAGAACAAUUGUGCAAAUCCGAGCUCCUGAACCACAUGAAUUCAGGACAGUGAUUACCGUCAUGAAAGGAAACAUCAGCUCCUUUUAAAAAUCCUUUAGUGUAUUUAAAAUGCAAUGUAGUGAGGGGGAAAAAAACAGUUUAUGCUAUUUGAACACUGAGGGAGGCUGGCAUUCCCUAUGUCAGUGAACAAAGCACAAAGCUGGAGCAGAUGUCAAGCUUCUGCUGGGGGAGGCGUUCCUGCAGAGGCUGGAUGACCAUGUGUCAAGUGGGGCACACAGGAUGGGGAGGUGGACUAAGAAUCACAGCGCUAAGAUUCUCUGAUUCUUGGCUCUUAUUUGCAACUUGAAAAGUAAGCCUGCCUAGGCAUUCAGCAGACCGAUAUAAAGUGUCCUUGAAGUCAUAAGGUCCUAGGCUCAAAUCCAGCUCCACUUUUAGCUGCGUGACUUGGGCAGGUUGCUCUCUGAGCCUCCUCCUUCCUGUCUGUAAAACAGGUUUGCAAUACCUUGCAGGGUUUUGCAUAUGAGAGGGUUAAAUGAGUUAAGCCUAGCAGCUAGCACCCCAAGGAGGUAAGGAGAGGAGAGGCCUGUGGUGCCUCGGAUCAGCUGUCAGCUCUGUGGUGCAUGCACGUGGCCUUGGGUCUGCACACUCUGCUCAGGGAUAAUAUCCGUUGCUCCCCAGAGCACAAACGCAGGCAUGUGUCAGCUUACGGGCAGCCUGGGGUGGGCCGGGACACUCUCUGUCCAGUUUCUGAGGACUGAUGCCCGCUCACCAAGCAAUUAGCCCAUCCAGCUUAAAUUCCCCCAUGAACUCAGUCUUCGUUACAAAGAAAUCCUUUCAGGUGCCAAGGGUAGCAUGUUGCUUGCAACCUAACCCCUGUAAGAAUUCUGGCUAUGUCCCUUUCCCAUACCAGCUCUUUCCUGAAACUGAUUUUAUGAGGAGUUAUUUUCCUAAUACGUGAAUAAAUUCCUGAAGCGUGCUUUUGAUGGUGUCUCAAGAGGUUCACACUGUUCUUAUUUUCCAGGGGAACAUUAACAAGACACAGACCAGCCUUUGGAUGGGGCUGGCAUAGUCACUGUAAACUGGUGGCUAUUUGCUGCCUGUAAAAUCCUUGACACCCUGGGCAGGGCUCUCCGUCUGAUGUCACUAUCGUGCACCAUGAAGCACACUUGAAUCCUGCCAACCUGGAAACAUUUGUUUCUGUUUGGAGUGCCCAUCAUAGUCGUCACAGUUCACAUCCAUGCAUACAAAGCAGAUUUGUGCUCACCAGUUAUUUUUUCUGCUCAUUAUCUCUGUGGGCUCUGUUGGGCAGGGUUAUGGGUGCCUCUUCAGAUUGAGAGAGUAAUGCUGCAAGGUGCAAUAGUUUGUCUGAGGUCAUGUAGCUAAUUAUUGGCACAGCUGUAUUUUUCAAAUCCUGGUCUUCUAAAGAGUAGCUUGACAUAAUGAAAAACACCAUCCAGGAUUUGCAUCCAGCUACGUAUUCAUGAGCCACGUGGCCUUGAGGCAGCUAGUUAUUAAUAUUAAAAGUGGUUAUUAAUAUUAGUAAUACCAGUAAAGUGUACUAAGUAUCUGGCCCAAUGGUAGGCGCUCUAAACCAUAUCUCACUGAAUUCUGACAGUAGACCUAUGACAUGGGUUUUAUUAUUAUCCGUUUUACAGAUAAGCAUCCGAAAAUUCAGCAAGCUAAAGUAAUUUCCCUGUCCAAUCCUCUAUUUCUCUAUAAAAUGAAAUAUUAAUACCCGCUCACCCCAAGAGGGUGAUUCUGAGAACUGAAUGAGGUAAUGUAUGCAAAGUACCUGGAAUAGAGGUGCUCAAUCAAUGCUUGUUUCCUCUCUCAAGUUUCCCCUCUGACUCCUAAUGCAGUGAUCUUUCCACUGCACCCCACUUAAUACCAUAAAAGCUGAGGUCAUGUUGAAGUCCUUUCCGUAGCUUUCUCCAUCACACUCAUCCCCAUGCUCUAGAGGCCACUUCAAGUCUCUAUCUGAGCUCCCUGUCAGAUACCGCCUGUGUAGUCUUAUGCCAGUUGAGGAAACAUCACCCUUCCCUGGCAUGCUGCAUCACACCCCUGACAUUUGUCCCAGUCUGUGUUUUGGAACGCUAAAGCCUCCCCUGGCCUCCCCAGCCACAGGGUUUUCUCCUUUCCUGACUUUCUCUAAGGCAAGUGUGGCUUAUUUCCCUUAUUUUGGCGUUUUACAUGGGACUCUUUCACGUUGUUAUUUGUGUUUCAUGGGGCCCACAUAUGGAAAUGACCUGGAACCCAGAUCUCCUGAUUUCUAGUCUCAUGCUCUGAAGCUUAUUUUUAUUUAAUGUUUAAGAGGAAUACCCAAUAGGUCAUGGUCAAAUAUAAGAGCCCUAUCUUUGGGAAUCUUCAGAAAUUUGAUCACUUGGCUUUCAAUAAAUAAAUAUUCAUUGAGCACCUAACUCUCAGCCAAACUCUAUGUUAGACACUGGAUAUGGCAGUUAAGGAAAGGGACAAGGUCUGUCUUUCAUGGAGCUUUCAUGAAACUCACAUUCUAGUGUGAGAAGAAAAUAAGAAAAAUACUAGCAUGUAAAUCUGUAAGAUAAUAUCAGAUUUCAACUGCCAUGAAAGAAAGAAAUAGAAUGACAGCGUAAGAGUAACUGAUGUUCACUUUGUAUAGGAUGGUCAGGAAGGACUUCUUGAGGAGGUGACAUUUGGAGCUGAGAUCAGAAGAAUGAGAAGCUGGGGUAAUAGCAUUAUAGACAGGGAACAAUGAGAACAAAGACUGAGAGGUGGAAAGGGCUUGGCCAUUCCAGGAGUAAAAUGGAGACCAGGAUGGCUGGAACACAGGGAGAAUGGUGAUAAAGUCAGAGGUAAGCUUGGGCUAGAUCAUGUUGGGCCCUGGAGGAAUUUGAAUUUUUUUCUAGAAUCAGUGGGAAGCCAGUGAAGAUGUAAUCUUAAGGAAGACUGAAGCAGUGAAGUGGAGAAUGGGUUGUAAAAUGUAUAAAAGGAAGCAGAGAGACCAGUUAGGAGGCUGUUGCAAUAGUUCGAGACAUGACAAUAGCCUGGACUGAGUUAUGGCAAUGGAGACACAGAGAAGCAGCUAAAUUUAUGAUUGUGUUGAAGUUAGGACAGCAAGGUUUGAGGAAGGAUCAGAUGAAAUAAUCCAUUCUCCUUAGUCCAGUCAGUACCCAAUUACUCCAGAAAAACCAAACCCACUGCCAUUGGAUUGAUUCCGACUCAUAGCAGCUUCACAGGGUUUCUAAGGCUGUAAAUCUCUACAGAAGUAGACUGCCACAUCUUUCUCCGACCUUUCAGUUAACAGUCCAUUGCUUUAACCACUGGGAAACCAGGUCUUCUUCAGUACCCAAUUAGUGUAGGGCAAAAUGAUACCUAGUUUAAAUUCUUUACCUGGAGGAGUGGCAGGAGUUAUCUCCUGGUAGUGUGUGGACUUGAGAGGUGAUAGACCUGACUGCUAGGAUGUAUCUGUGCAAAUUUGAGAGACUGGAUAUAGUCCCAUUCUUACAUCUCUAAGGGACAACUUGGUGAUAUAAAAACGGGAGAGAUUUUUGAAGAAUACAUUCAUCCAACAGACAGUUAAUAAGUACCUUGCCUGUGGCUGGUCCUCUGCUGAUGGUGAAUAAGAUAGGGCUCUGCUCUUUAGAAGGAACCCUGGUGGUGCAAUGGUUAAACACGCAGCGGUGUGUUCAAACUCUCCAGUGACUCCAUGGGAGAAAAGACCAGGUGAUCUACUCCUAUAAAGAUUACAGUCUUGGAAACCCUACGGGGCAGUUCUACUUUGUCAUGCAAGUUGCUGUGAGUCGCCACACAACAACAACAACUGUUCUUUAGGGCCUUCCAUCUCAUGGGUUGUUGUUGUUGUUAGGUGCUGUCGAAGUCGGAACCAACGUUAUGUACAACAGAAAAAAAACACUGCCCGGUCCUGCGCCAUUCUCACAGUCGUCGCUAUGUUUGAGCCCAUUGUGGGAGCCACUGCGUCAAUCCAUCUUGUGGAGGGUCUUUCUCUUUUUCAGUGACUGUCUACCUUACCAAGCAUGAUGUCAUUCUCCAGGGACUCGUCCCUCCUGAUAACAUGUCCAAAGUUAUAUGAGAUGAAAUCUCAUCAUCCUUGCUGCCAAGGAGCACUCUGACUGUACUCCUUCCAGGACAGGCUUGUUUGUUCUUCUAGAACAACACUGUAAUUCAAGUAGAUCAAUUCUUCUUCAGUCUUCCUUAUUCAUUGCUAAACUUUUGCAUGCAUAUGAGGCAAUUGAAAAUAUUUUGGCCUGGUGUCAAGCACACCAUAGUCCUCAAAGUGACAUUUUUGCUUUUCAACACUUUAAAGAGGUCUUUUGCAACAGAUUUGCCCAAUGCAAUGCAUCUUUUGAUUUCUUGACUGCUGCUUCCAUGGGCGUUGACUGUGGAUCCAAGUAAAAUGAAAUCCUUAACAGCUUCAGUCUUUUCACCGUUUAUCAUGAUGUUGCUUAUUGGUUCAGUUGUGAGGAUUUUUGUUUUCUUUAUGUUGAGGUAUAAUCCAUACUGAAGGCUGUAGUCUUUGAUUUUCAUCCGUAAGUACUUCAAGUCCUCUUUACUUUCAGGAAGCAAGGUUGUGUCAUCUGCAUAUCACAGGUUGUUGAUGAGUCUUCCUCCAAUCCUGAUGUCACAUUCUUCUUCAUAUAAUCCAGAAUCUCUGUGAGUCGGUAUAGUGGCAAGGGGGAGACAAAGGAAAGUGGGAACAGGAAGGAGAGGACUAAGUUUUCAUAGAGGGAGGCUGCACAGAGAAUCUGGAUCUCAGAAGGGGGUAAAGGAAAAAAGCAUUCCAAAAAAAAAAAAAAGAAAUAGUAUUUGCAAAGACCCAGAAUCCUGAAAGAGAGGAGUGUCUUCAAGAAAUAGAAAACACCUCAGUGUGGCUGGGGUUUAGAGUGUGAGUUGUGGAGGUGGUGGGUGGUGUGUAAGGUUACUGACUACACUGUAAAGGGUCUUGUGUGGCAUGCUGAGGAUGUUGAACUUAAUUCUUUAGGUAUCAGGGAACCAACAGAGGCCUUGAAGCAAGGAGCUAGUCGAUGGAAAACAAAUAGCUGCCCCAUUGACUGCUAAUCAAUCAAAUUCCCAUUUCCUACUAAGCCUGGAUGCAGCCUCAGAAAUGUUCUCAAAAUGGUACUCCAGGCAGUCACUUCCAGUCAACCAGAGUUGGCACAGGAUGAAACCUAUUUGCCAUUCCUGAAAGAAGAUGAGUUUAAGGAGAGAAGGGUUCUAGGACCCAAAACUACCAUUUGCAAUAGCCUCAUCAGCUGCAAUUAUUUUCAUCAGCCACAAUUAUAAGUUGCCUACAUUGUAUAAGGCACAUGGUGGAGAACAGUGAGAGAGAAAUCAGUGUCUGCCAUUGAAGGGAGAGAGGCCAUCAGGCUGAAGGAAGAAAUAACAACGUGGAGGAGUAUAUUUCUGAGUGCGACCAUGGUUGUAUGAAUUCAAAUGGGGCAGAAGGGAAGCAGAAAGUAUCAGGCUGUCAAGGAAGCCCCAUCCUGGAGCCGUUGCGUGGAUGGCUUUGACCUGUGAGGAAGUGCAGUGCUCCAGUAAAUGCAAGGCCUCCUGCCCAGCAGACAUUGGUCCUUUUCCCCAGGAGGCUCUUUUUAAGAGGCAGUCUAGCUCCUUGGAAGAAGAUAAGAAGUCCUGGGCUGAGGAAUCAGGAAGUUACCAUUAGUCUGGGAUUGUCUUUGCCAGUUAUGUAUCUCUGACACCCAGCACAGAACUUGGCGCAUGAUAGGUGCUCAGCGGUGCUUGUUGAAUAAAUGAACAAGAAAAAUAAAUUAACCAACCAACUAUCCAUCCUGGGUUCUAAUCCUAGCUCCUGAAUUUCAGAUCUUUCGGCUUUGCACUGAGCUGGUUGUCUCUAAAGCCCUUCACAUUCUGCUGUUCUAGGAUUCUAGAAUGAUGAGUAGAAUGGUUCAGAGCAAGCCAAGUCAUCACUCAUAUUUCUAAUAUGCCUCAGAUUUAGUCAGAAUAAAAUAUCAAAAUCAAGUACUACUUUACAACAUCUCAGAUAUGCCUUCUAAAAACAGAACCUGCGUCUGUCUCUGAGUUGUGAAGAAAAUGUAUUAGGUUAUAUUAAACAGAAAGAUUGUCCUUUUUGUAGGAAAAAAAAAAAAAAGAAUUAUGUCUCAUCUUUCUGACUAGGGAUUUUAAUUGGGAUUUGAGUCAGUUUGAUCUAAAUUUGAGCAUCCAUCCAGAGAACAUUUAUUGACAUCUGCUAUGAGCAAGGCCUUGUGGCAUGUGGGAGAUACGAAGAUGAACAGGAUACGGCUCCCUCCAGGCAGGAACUGACGGUCUAGUCAGAGAUAUAACACACAUGCGCACUUGUCUGUGACCCUAGGUGGACGGGGUGGAGCUGGGACAGCCCAGAUCCAGGGUUAGGAAGGAAAUCCCUUCCAAGCACAUUAUACAAGUAGGAAGUCUGCCUUUUACCACAACUGUAUGGAGCUCAGGAAUCGGACUGAGCUACCGUGAUCAUGAGGAUGUACUCUGUGGCUGACCAGAACUCCCAGUCAGCCGGCAGCCACCAGGUUGGCAACCUCAGCCCAAGCUAUUAUUGGCAGUGAAAAUCAUCUCAGACUUUGAGCCAUUGGCCUUUACAAACAGUGUACCCGCUGCCAAGUUCAGUGGCCACUUUUUAUGGCUCCCCGUCCUCGGGGUCCCUGGGCAGUGCAAACAGUUAACAUGCUCAGCUGCCAACCAAAAGGUUGGAGAUUCAAGUCCACCCAGAAAUGCCUUGGAUGAAAGGCCUGGUGAUUUACUUCUAAAAAAUCAGCCGUUAAAAACCCUAUGGAGCACAAUUCUACUCUGACAACACAUGGAGUCACUUGAUAGCAACUAGCUUUUUUUAAUCCUCAGGGUUGAUUUCAAGAAAAAGUUGUUCACUGCAACAGGAAUUUGUAUUCUUUUGUAAGACUGGAAACUAUUUGCCCAAUGUGUGACCCUUUCUGCUUUGGCUGCCACUGAAAUUCAGGGCCUAACUAAAAUGAUGGGAGCAUCUACUUUCUGACUCUGAUCCAACAAUUGUUUGUUUAAUCCUUCUCGUGCAGGGCUAGAUUGUGAGUAGGAGACUCAAACUGACCCUGCCCUCAAGGCAUAAGGAUGACAUUAAAGAUGUGUGAACCAGACCCAGGAAGAGCUGUAAUACCACCUGUUAGAGAUCAAGGAUGAGCGAGAGGGACAAAUGAAGUACUAGAGGAGCCAGAGGAGAAAGAGUUAGUUUUUAGGUUGAGGGUAUAAAGGAAAAGCCUAAAGCAGAUCCAUGUGGUAGGCUCUGAAAAAUGUAGGGAUCAUACACACUGAAAUAGGUAUAGUAGAUUUUCUAAAAUAAAGUAACAGCAAAAGCAUGAAGGAAGGGAAAAAUUACUAGGUAUGUUUAGGGAACUGGGAAUAUUUCAGUUUGACUAACAAAGGGAACAUGCAGAGGAAUAAUGCUUCAAAUAAAAGUUGAGGCCAGAUCACAGAGGACCUUAGAUGCUCUAGGGUAAUGCAAUUAUAUGUUUAAUUCUACAGGUAAUAUGAUAUCACUAAUUCUUGUUAAGCAGGAGUAUGACAGAAAAUACUAGGGUUGGAAAGGACUUUGGAGAUCAUCCAGUUCAGCCUUCCAUCUCACACGUAAAGACUGAAUCCCAAGAAGGGAAGUUACUAACCCACGGUCAGACAACUACUAAAUGGUGGAGCCAGAGCCAGGGCCAGAACCAGUUUCUGGCUUCAAAUACAGUGGUCUUUUUACAGAUUAAUGAGGCUUUCUAGUGGAGGUAGAUGGUGGAAAGAGAAGAGCCUGAGUCAGGGAGAGCCUUGGGAGGCUUUUAUAGUUCAGAUGAAAAGUAAUGCAUGAGGUCUUUAAUCGGGGCAUUGGCAGUGGGCUGACAGGGAAGAGGCUGAUGGGAGAGACAACACAGAGGUUCUGUCAACGGGGCUUGGAUGUGGAAGGCAGAUGAGAGAGAGAACUCACUCUACUUCUACUUUCUUCAGUUGCUGUUCUUUUCUGAAUUGUCCCAUUGGGUUCCAUUUGGUAAAUUACCUCUUAGGAGGAAAGAAAGGGUGCAAAUCCAAAAUAAGUAUAUCAGGCACCUUCAUUAUUUCCAAAGUUGAGCCUCUUUGUGAUUUUGUUUAUUAAUUUAUUUUUGUUCCUCUUGCCUAGAGGGCCUGGUUCUUUCCAGAACCUGGCCGUCCAGGUCUUAUAAGUCCUCAGAAACCUGAUCCAUUUGCCAGCUGCCACUCUGGCUUCAUGGUUUUACACAUGGGGUGUUGGAGCUGCUGUCAUCGUCUGAGUGCCUCUGGUUUUGGGUUUCCUGCCAGGUUCUGUGAAGGUGCUACCUGUGUGACUUGUCUCUUGUCUCUUGACUCUGGGUUUGGAACCAAAGCCUUGAGACAACCUCCAGACCAUACUGAGCUCCAGAAUAGAACAGGCACCUGGCCUGAGAAAGGGCACUGGGCUGGGCUUUACUCAUCUGUGGGGCCUUGCCCCAGGUCUGUAGACCACCUGCCUCUGAGCAUUAAACUGCAGAUGCCAAGGCUCUAUCUUAUACCCACUGAAUCAGACUUUCUGGAAGCAGGACCAAGGAUCUGUAUGUUUGACAAGUGCCCCAGGUGAUUCUUAUGUACCUAAAGUUUGAGAAUCUGCCUUUGAUUACUUAAUUUUUUUUUUUUCUGGGCCUCAGUUUCAUUGUUUGAAAAUGAAGAAAUUAGGUGUUCAAUUUACUGUGAAAAUAAAAAAGUGCUUUGGGAAAAUGCUGUAAGUUUAUCUAUCUGUCUAUCUAUAUCUAUCUGUCUUUUUUUUUUUUAUAUAGUAUUAGGUUCACAAUCUUGGGAUCAAGGAAAUUUAAAACAUUUCUCUGGCUGAAAUAUACUCAAAACUGAUGAAAGGUCUAAGUGCUGGCACUUAGAAAGUGUAUGUUUACUGAGUAAGUGAAUACAUGAAUGAAUACCCAGGAAAGACAGGCCCCGAAGCUAGAUCAUUAAGCUUUCUCUUCAGACUCCUCAUGCAUUCGGUCAGCAUCAUUAAUAUGUGCCAGGGCACUGUGCCAGGCUGAGGAUAUAGAGAUAAAUAAGACAUGGUUCCUGACCUUAAGGGUUUGGAGAUCAAUAUGAAAAUGAGUGUUCAAUACAAAGUGAUAAGCACCGAAGUGGGCAGAGGAUGGAUAAUAGUGCUUUGGAAGCAAGAGCAAGAGCCAGCUCUGCCUGGGGCUGUCAGGGAAGGUGUCUUAAAAGAGCCGAUUUUGGAGCUGUGCCUUGAAGAUGAGUAGGAUUAUUUCAAGAAGGAAAGCUCUUUUCACAGUCCUGGUGUGGGACCUAUUUAUUCCAUUCUAUGAAAUUCUCUCCUCAUUUUCCUCCCCUUGUCCCCCAUCAAACCAAUCUUAGGGACCAAGUGUUCUUGGCUUUUUUUCUUUUUCCCCUACCAAAAACUUUCUUUCACACUCUUAAUCAACCCUUAGGCUUAGUCCUAAACACUUAGGUUUAAAAUAGUAUUCUAUUGAAGGGUGUGUGUGUGUGUAUGUGUGUGAUUUACAUUGUUACCCCCAAAAGUUUUAAACCCAAGCAGUUUUAAGCUCUAAUGGAGGGCUCCUUUAUUUGUAUAUUUACUUUUUAUGUCAGCCAGCUGAUAGGAGAGAUGUUAUACUUUGUUGGUUAGUUGUUUUUUGGGGAAAAAGAAGAUAGGAGACAACUAGUUUCCCCCAGUCCUCAUUAUUGUACUAAAUAAAUAAUCACUACUUCCCUUACCUCUAAGGAAUCAAGGAUUAAUAGAUGGUCUCUGCCUCAGGCAGGUGCUAAUUAGAAAUGCAGAAUCUCAGACCCUACCUGAGACCUGCUGAAUCAAACCCUGCAUUUUAACAAGAUUUCCAUGCAAUUUAUAUGUACAUUAAAGUUGGAGAUUGUGAAACGAGUGGUUUAUCCCCUUUUAUUGAUUAGGACACUGACGGUCCAGAGAGAUUAAGGAGCUUGCCCAAGAUCACAAAACAAAUAGCAGAGACAAGAUUCAAGCUGUGGUUUAUCCAGUUCCAAGUCCAGGACUCUGUUAAUGGUAGUACUGGACUUCUUUGUACCAUUUUAACUAGAGAACACUCUUCAGUGAUUCAUAGGCAGUAAAAAGGAAAAAAAAAAAGACAUUUUCUCAAGGUACAAAGCGUAAGGUCUCUUACUCUUCUUGGGGUGCUGCAGGGGACAGGAAGAAUCAAAGGGGAGCUUGAAUACUAACCGUUGACUUUAUGCCAGACACUUGGACAAUUCUGUAUGGAAGGUAACACCCUCCCCAUCUUAGAUGGUAAGAACCCUCAGCAUUUUACUGAGAAUAAUCAUCCUAUAAGGACUGUUACGGAGGCAAAGGUUGAAUGAGCUAUUUAAAGCUCUGACACUAGAACUUCCUGGGUCAGAGGUCAAGGAAUCAGAGCAAUGUUAUGAACAUUUUUUCUUUUUUUUUUUGAUCCCUAAAGUAAAAUUCUCUUCCUGAAUGAGGCCAGCUUCUUCCUUGACUAAUCAGGUUCAAUGACUGCCCACUUCUUCCAAAGUCAGAAAUUCAGGCUGUGAUUACUUGGAGCUCCUUUUGAUUUAUGAACAACUCUAUCUCGUAGAGUAAAAGCAGUUUUCCCAAAGUAGAAAAAAUAGCUUAAAAGAAGGCCUUGAAGAAUCAUGAUGACAAAAUGUAUUAUUUAUAAGGACCUAAAAUAAGUGCCGGAUCCUCCACUCAAAGUGAGCAGGCGACAGCCAAGCGCAGCGUGGAGUGGAGCCCAGCAACUCCAGCUGGCUCACGUGGUAGGGCUGGUCAGCCACGGCUCUGCUUAGUACUCUAAGGGCCCAUUUCAGGAAGUGGCUCCUGCUGCCGAUACUGGGCAGCCCAUGUAGCUCAUACAAAGGGUCUCAGUUUACAAAUGAGGACAAUAGGAACAGCUAAACAAGAGGAAGUUCUUGGAGGAGAAUGGAGGAAUUGUGGUGAGUCUGUAGAUUUGUGGGAAAAGACCACAAAUACCCAUACAUCCUUUGUAAGAUUGCAUUCAUUGAAUUCCUGACUUAAUCACUCAAGGAUACAGGCACUUAUUGGGAACAAGGAGGCCAUACAGGACAGGAAUAGAUAGGGAGAUCUGGUAUCCUGAUGGGGCAUGUAGCUGCUGGUGACACUUCCUGCAGGGUAGGGUCCUACUGCAUCUGGGAAACAGCCACUUCUUUCUACUUAACAGGUCUGUUUUACUCAAGGCUUAUCAGUUCAUUCUUGAAGAACUUAUAGUAAUCUCUAUGUUUUCUUUUAAGAGAAUAUUUACAGACAUCCAGUUAGCCUGCUUUUUGAAGCCAACUCAGGUCAGCAGGUCUACAUCUUUGUCCAGAGUCAGUGUCCAGGGGUCUCUGAUCAGUAGCCAACAAUCCAGAAAACCAUUAUUUCCUUGCCACCCAACCUUUUAUUCUGAUAUAUUUAUUACCUUUGUUGUCUGGUGGUUGAUCUGAGGACUAUUUGCCAAAUUUAUUUCUCCACAGAGGGCAAGAUUCAGUGGCAAGAGGGAGGUCACUGAGGAGUAGAAGGUGAUACCAAGGGACUUCUGAGGACACCCAAGACAAUUGUGGGGUUGUGCUCUGGCUUUAGAGUGGUCACAAGUCUGCUCUUAUGAACAGGACAAUUGGGGUCUGAACAGAGGCUGCAACCUUCAGAGCUCCCUCACCCACAUUUCAUCCUUCCUAUGUCCUGCUUUGUCCUCUUCCUUCCUCUCAGUCUCCAAAACUUAUCUUCUAGGAUGUGGUGACUGCACUAUGAGGAGAAGUGUUUUCAGCAGCUCUUUCUGUAGUUGCAGCUUGCUGUGUGUUCUCCUUUGACCCACGGCUUCCUUCCCAGACAUGAAAGCUGGUUGUGGUUCAUGGGUCCUGAUACAGACUCCUGGCAUCAGCAGCCUGGUAUUGCCUCUGACUCUUAUCUGAAAGCUCUUCCAGUUUCCUCUUAUCAGAAUGAUUGCCUCUGGAGCGUAAGGCACCUUCAGUAGGCUUGACAGUGUUUUUACUCUCAUCUGAUCUAGACACUGAAAGAAGAUGCAGUUACCAUUGGCCAGCCCUGGCAGUGUAUGGACCCUUCAAGAACAUGGAUAUCUAACCUUCCUAUCCUCCAAACCCCAAGUUCAGAAUAAAAUAUUAGGAUUGAAAGGAAUCUUCAGCAGUUUUAAAUCCAGGCAUAUACUCAAUACUUGAAUGAGAGACAGCAUGGUACAGAAGGAAUACUGGUUGAGUUCAAAUCUUCCACUUUCUAGCUGUGCGUUCCUGGACUGACCACCUGAUCGCUCUAAGCAAGGAAUGCCUUCAGGUCUCUACUGGAGAGUAAAGAUGAUGUAGAUCAGGUGCCUGGCAUUUAGGGUGUGCUUGAUAAGUAGCGGGUGAUGUUAUCAUUAUCCUGAAAACCAGAGAGAUUCUGUUCUGUCACCUGCAGAACACCUGAGUUCUUUCAGAUAUUCUCUAUCUUAUUAGUAGACUCCUCACCACUCUGGUCGCUCUAUUUUGAAUAGCACGCUCCCAGUUUUUCAGUGUCUUUCUUCCCAACAUACACCGUAAAUGGGGGUUGAGAAGAGCCUCCUGUCAGGGUUCUCCUUGAGUUCUGCAAACUCCCAUUGAGUAACCCAAGAGUUAAAAGUCUGUAUAGGUUGCAGCAAACUUUGAGAAUUGCAGAUGGUUACAAAAUGCAAAUUGGUGUCAAUACAGCUGUCUUGCAUGGGUUGGAUUUGGCAAAGGGCCUUCCAAGGACUGGUACAUUCCUUCUAAAAAUAUCCAAGGAUGUGCUUGGCAUAGCCUUGGGGAGAAACCAACAGUUUUUAAUUCUUCAGUAUGAAGAUUAAAUGAGAUAAUUCAUGUCAAGAGCUUAGCAUGGUGCCUGGCAGAGUCAGGGCCUUUAUAUAGGCUGUUGCUACUAUUAUUGUGCUGUGACAGAGACAUUAUGUAUAAAGUUGUAGUAGUUAAUUCCCGCAAUAGGAAGAUAUCGUCUUCAUUUCACAUGAGGAAACUGAGGCUUGGAGCUGUUAAUUAACAUAACUCCAAAAUUAUGAAGCUAGUAAGUAGCAGCAAAGCAGAGCUGAGAUUCAAACCCAACUCUUUCUCUCAUAAGAUGCUGCCUGUUGUGAUAUACCAAGAAAUGAACUCUGUGGUAGACUCAUACUGACUUCAUUCUCAGUGUUCAUCUUUCUGUGUAUCCUAGUUUUUCUUUGGGGUCCUAUUUUCUUGCUAUUUUUGACAUACUAUCAUGCUCCUAAUGUCCAAGCUUCAGAACUUUGUGGGUUUACCAGCCCCCCUUUUCUGCAUUAUCUUGAAGGAUCACUCACAGACUUCAGUAAGUUCUCUGCUCUAGAAUAGGAAACCAAAACUGUGUGUGCAAAUGAUGGAGCUCCCUGGCUUUAUUGGAUGAGUGUCUAAGAGCUAAUGGACUGUGCAUGGAAUUUAGAGCAACCGUCAGUUGGAAUUUGUUCAGAAAUGGUGCUUUCCAGGAUAUUCAAGGCAUCCAGAAGCACUAGGUGGAGUUUGUUUAGAAAAGAAAACGCUUACACUUGACUUCCAUGAAUGAUUAGGAUUCAUUCUCCUUUCCAAAAAACAAGAAUGAAGUCUUUCUCUUUUGCUCUUUGUCAUGACUGCUAGGAAGCUCAAAGUCAACUUGGAUGCUUGGUCACAGUUUGUAUAACAACACUCAGGGCUGGCGUGUUUGGAUACUCCUCCUUUCCAUGGUUUUGAAUUUCUGCCUCCAUUUCUGUUUUAUUUGCUAUAUUAUAAGAAUGCCGUUUGCAAAGAGAUGAGCUUUGAGUAAGUAAAUCAAUAAAGACUAUAAGUGCCUAGAGGCCAACGACUGUGUUUUAUUUUGUUUUUUAUUGUAGUCUCCACAGCACAUAGCACAGAUUCUGGCAUAUAGUAGGUGCUUAGUAAAUGUUUGUUGGUUGAAUGAAUGAAAGAUCUUAAUGAAUCAGCAUUCAAAAUGACUUAAAGCGUGGCAUCUUUGGUACUUUCCUUAGACUUUCAGCUCAUAAAUCUGUCAAGGUAGAAGCUUUAGAUAUUCCUUGGACUUUGGAGGUCUAUCAGUAAGGAAUUGUGUGCACAUGCUAGUAACAGACCCCAGAAAUAAUAAUGGCUUAAUCAAGAAAGAAGUCAGUUUUUUCUCAUGUGUAAGAGGUCUGGAGGUAUUCAAGCCAGGGCUGGGAUGGUUGCUGUAUAGAUAGCAGGAACCCAGAUUAUUUCUAUCUGUUUUACUAUCCUCAUUGUCCACGAUGGCUGCUAGAGUUCCAUCCAUCACAUCCAUUUUACAAGUAGGAAACAGGAAGAAGGGAGAAAAGACAAAAGGAUGCCCUUUUAAGGCACUUUUCCUGAAAUGGUACCCAGAAAUAUCCACUUACAACUCAAUGGCCAGAACUCAAGAGGUGCCUAAUUCCUGUCCCUUGAGUGUGAGCUCUGCUUGCAAAGAGUAGAGCACAAAACGAGUAUGGGUGCAGGGGUGGGGUGGGAAACAAUUUUAUAGUGGAGAAACCUGGCAAACACUGCCUUGGCCAGGUAUCCAAGUUAAUGUCAUCAGGCAUAAAUCAUGUUGGUAGUAUGUACUCUGAUAUGAUGUGAUGAGAGGGGCACUUCAUCUGUAUGACCUUCCUCCCCCUAACCCAUAAUCUCAGUCUAACCAUGAGUAAAACAUAAAAAAAAGGAAGAAAGAAAGAAAGAAAUAUUGAGGGACAUUCUAUAAAAUAUCUGAGUAAUACUCCUUAAAACUGUCAGGGUUAUCAAAAAUAUGGAAAGUCUGAGAAACUGUAACACAUCAGAGGAGCCUAAAUGUAAUGUGGUAUCCUGGAGGAGAUCCUGGAGCAGAAAAAGGACAUUAGGGAAAAAUUAACAGAAUCUGAAUAAAGUGUGGUGUAAAUAGUAAUGUACCAAUGCUGACUCCUUAGUUGUGACAGAUCCAUCAUAGUAAUAUAAGAUGCUAACAGGGGAGGGAACUGGGUAAGUGGUAUUCCGGAACUCUGCUAUCUUUUCAGCCUUUCUGUAAAUCCAGAACUAUUCUAAAAGAAAGAGUUUAUUUUAAAUAAACCCCUGCACUCCCUCUCACUAACUGUAUGACUUGGAUGAGUCACUUGGCCUCUAUGGGUUCAGUUCCUCAAUUUGGGGUGACAGUGUCUUCUCUGCGGGAUUCAGAAAAUUGAGACAGGGUGUGUGACAGCUUUGGAAACAGUGAGCUUCUGCCACUGGGAUGGUUUUUACUGUUUCCCACGUUGUUGCUCAGAAUUCAGAUUCCAUUCCUGUGUCUUUUGCAGGAAGGCACCUCAGAGGUUUCCCCGUGGCUGCUGCAGCUAUGGAGCCUAGCUGGGCCCUGCCCCGCUCCAUUUGGAGUCUGUUGACAGCCAGAAUUCCGUGCAGGAAAUUUUUCCCUCACCUCUUUUGACAGCUUGCCCUGAUGGAUUAAGAUUGCAUUUUUAUUUUCGUAUUUCACUUGAUUUUUUCCCCCCUCAAAUUCAAUUUUUCUCUUCAGGAAUCAGCAUAUGACUCAAACUGCCAGUUCUAAAUUUAGUAUUGCCUAUGAUACGGAGAAUACAUUUAGAGCAGCCUGGGAUAUGUACUUGGAAAUAAUGGUUUUAUUUAUCCACAUUCAGUAAUUCUGACUGCCUGCUGGGUUCUUUCAGGAAGGAGUUUGUCAUCUCUUUUCCUCCUAAUGAUGAAAUGUUGCCUGCUCAGGUCCCAGAGGACUAGCCGGCCCAGACUCUGGUGACUUAGGCCUCUGUUUAAUUAAGCAAUGCCAUCCCCAGGACUCUGCAGGCCUGGGGUUCUCUCCAAAGCUGUUGUUUGGAGGGAGUUUGGAAACAGGGUCUAGGAAGGGCUCAUGGGCUCUCUGGAGCCUCUAGGCUCAUCUCUGGACUCUUGGAGGCCAAUGACAUUUGUGCCCCCCCCCCUUUUUUUCUUUUGAGAAUUACCCCUUCUGCCCUGGAAUAUAUCAAAAGAGCAGAAAAGCUCAGACAUGUAUAGACAUGCGCCCUUUGCUUUGGGUGCUGAGGAUCUAGAAGUAAAUCACAUACAGCUCCUGCCCUCUGAGAACCUCCAGUCUCUUGGAGAGGACAGACACAGAGACACAUAAUCAGAAUACAAUGUGAGAAACAUGCCAUGUUAGAGCGAUGUGCGAGGAACAGAAAUAGUGAAGAGGUGAGAGAUUAAUCUUUGUAGACAGUGAAGGUAUGAAAGGAAGAGGUGAUGUCUCAGUAGGGCUCUGAAAGAUAAUGAGUGUUUGCAAGGGUGUGAGAUAGGCAGAGGGAGCAGCAUAUGCAAAGGCAGGGAGGCAUGGCAUAGCAUGGUGUGUUCGAGGAACUAUAACUCAUUCAUUUAUUUAAAAAAUUUACUGAGCAGUAUGUACUCUGAUAUGAUGUGAUGAGAAGGGCACUUCACCUGUAUGACCUUCUUCCCCGAAACCCAUAAUCUCAGUCUAACCAUGAGUAAAAUAAAAAAAAGAAAUAUUGUCUGGCUUCGUGCUAAACACUAGGGUUAUAUAGUAGUGACCAAGUCAGACAAGGCUCUCACGAAGCUUGCAUUCUCACACAAGUAGUUUGCAUGGCUACGACAUAAAGCAGGAGGUGAGGAGUGAUAUGUGAUAAGUUAGGGAGAUAGGGAUUGUCUUGGUUUUCUAGGGCUGCUGUAACAAAGUUCCACAAACUGGUUGGCUUAUAACAAUACAACUUUAUUCUCUCACCGUUUUGGACGCUGGAAGUCAGAAGUCAAGAUGUCAGCAGGACUAUGCUUCCUCCAAACGCUCUAGGAGAGAAUCCAUUAUUUGCCUUUUCCAGCUUCUGGUAGCUGUCUGCAUUCCUUGACUUGUGGCUGCAUCACUCCAAUCUCUACCUCCAUGGUUAUGUUGCCUCUUCCUCUUUGUCUGUGUGUCAGAGGUCCCUCUGCUUCUCUCUUGUAAGGGUGUUUGCGAUAGCAUUUAGGGCCCAAUCCAGGAUAAUUUUCUCAUCUCAAGAUUCUUAAUUGUAUCUCCGAAGAUCCUUUUUCCAAGUAAGGUUACAUUCACAGGUUCUGGGACAUAUCUUUUGGGGGACCACCAUUCAGCCCAUUACACAGUGUAAGGUUAUAAGAACUUUGUAUAUUCACCCUAUGAGAUGAGUUUUAUUACCCGCAUUUUCCAGAUGAGGACACUGAGGCACAUAGAGAUUAAGUGAUUUACUCAAGAUCAUUCAGAACAGAAGUAACAGAACCAGGAGUUUAAAACUGGGUACAUUUAACUCGAAGCCCAUUCUUUUCCUCCUGUGGCUUACUGACCACUUGGUGGGACUUAGUCCAAGGAACCGUUAGAUGAGAGCAGGCUGCUGUGGAAAGUGGAUGGACAGCAAGUUUUGUGGAGAGAGAGAAGUGGAGGUAGAGAGCUGGUAAUGAAAAGAGGAGGCUUAGAGCCCAAGGUCAGUGUAGGAAUACCUAUUAAAUAAGAGGAAAUGGUACUUAAGGGAGAGGUGGGCCAUGUUUUGCCAUCUUAGAGUUUUGUCCAGCGCUCUCCUGGGUUUUUUGAUGUGGGAGGGGCCUCUGUGCUUACCUGCAGUGGGGGAGGUCUCUGGGCGGAGUGGUACAGGUGAAGGGCCUGAGAAUGUGUAGGGAAGGGCUCUCCGGGUCUGUAUGGUUCAUUCUCCAACAUUUCCUGAGCACUGCCAUGAAUGGAGCACUGAAAUUCAGAGAUGAACAUGUUGUAGUUCAUGCCCUGGCCGCAUAACGGCAGAGUAGAAAAAGAUCUAGACCCAGAUCCUCCUCUGCCUCUCAUGUACUGUGUGACCAUGGAUGAGCCACUUUACCUUUCCAAGCCUCUGUGUUCUUAUCUGCAAAAUAAGGAUUUUUUUUUUGAGACUUUAAAAAAUAUAAAAUGAAAAGUGACCGGCACAGUUCUGCAAUGUAUUAGGUUCAAUGAACAUUACUUCUGUUUCUUCAAAAAACUCACUUUCUGGGUCGAAGCAGUGGUUCCCAAACUAUAGGCUCUGGAGCUUUAAAACGCUUACAACGUUGUUGUUUGGAUUAAAUGAGAUGGAUCCAGACUGCCUGGGUUUGAUCCCAGCUCUGCGACAUACUAGCUAUGUAAUAUUGGAUAAGUAACUUAAUCUCUCUGUGCCUCAGUUUUCUUAUCUGUAAAGUGGGUACGAUGAUAGCUCCUAACUCUAAGGGUUGUGGUGAAGAAGACUAGUGAGUUAGUACAUGUAAAGGGCUUAUAAUGACUAGUACAUUGUACAAAACUCUCAGUAAAUAUGAGUAAUUAUGAUUGUUAUUAUUACCACUCACUUUUUCCUCUCACCUUUGUGCUGGCUGCUGGUGAUACAGGCUCUAGCAGCUAUGUAACUGUGCAGGUGAUUCUUUUUUCACACAGUAACAUCAGCAGCAGAGGAGAGGAGGGAUCCCUGGUCUUUCAGUAUACAUAGGAGACAGUGUGCUUCUCUGGACAGGCUUCCCAGGUAAAUUAGCACUUCUCCUGGUCCUUGAAGGACCCUCUGGUCUGUAAUGGACAAGGCUACUUCCCUAUUGAGGGUAUGAGAUCUCACAUAAAAGGUAGGACCGUUUGCCUGUCACCAUAAUCCAGACCAUUACCUGAGGCAGAAACAGGCACUCAGACUGCAAACAGAAGCGAAGGAGUUGGCCCUGGCACGAGGCAAAGUUGAUUUUAUGUCUCUUGACUUGAGUAACAGGUGGGACAACCAAAAUUUCCCAACCAAGGUGCCAAAAUUGAUUUCCUCAGCACUUGUGGGUGGCUGACUGGGCCUGAGCUAGCAGAUGCCUGACCUCUCCAUUACCCAGUGUGUCAAAUAUUAUCAUUUUCUGCAUGUGUCUUAACAUGUUGGGAAGUACUACUCUGGGAGACUGUACCAUUGAGGGAAGAAGCAAGAUAUUGACCACCAGGUAGAAACUGCUGGCAGCUCGAAAGGCAGGAAACUGAGUAGAAGUUGCUACAGAUGUAUGUGCCAGCCUUUGGAGAGAGAGGAGAGUUAUUAAAGAGUCGGAAACCUCAUCUUGGCAGCCCUGUCUGCUUUUAGACAUGUUUGGAUUGCUGUGAUUAUUUCCUUUUCAGUGCCCCCUAGCAUUUAGUAAACUUCCUUCUGCAAUUAGCGCCCUGUCUCAGCUGCAGUAAUAAGAACUGAAGAAAGAAGAUUGCAUCUACUCUUGGGCUAGGGCUACUUCAGGAAAGAAUGCUCCCCCUGCCCCAGGAGACACUGUGGUGAUGAGAGGCCUCUGGGUGGGAAAGGGGACACAGAGUGGCCGAAGUGAACACUGCUUGCUCAGUCACCCAUUAGGGUUCACUAUUUGAACAAAUCAAAGGGGAAGAACACACUUAGCAUUUCUCAAGCUGAAAGAACUGAAGAAAAAAUUCAAGCUUUGAGUUGUGAUAUUGGCAAGAUGUUGUCUCACAUACUUUGGACAUGUUAUCAAAAAGGAUCAGUCCCUGGAGAAGGACAUCGUGCUUGGUAAAGUAGAAGGUCAGUGAAAAAGAGGAAGACUCUCAAGGAGAUAGACUGACACAGUGGCUGCAACAAUGGGCUCAAGUGUAACAAUGGUCAUGAGGAUGGUGCAGGACCGGGCAGUGUUUCAUUCUGUUGUACAUAGAGUUGAAACUGACUCGACAGCACCUGGCAACAACAACAAUGGACAAUAUAUUGAACGAUGCAGGAAGCAUCAAAAGAAGAUGGAAGGAAUAUGCGGAGUCACUGUACCAAAAACAAUUGGUUGAUGUUCAGCCCUUUCUGGAGGUGCCAUAUGAUCAAGAACCCAUGGUAUCGAAGGAGGAAGUCCAAGUUGCACUGAAGGCGUUAGUGAAAAACAGGGCUUCAGGAAAUGACAGAAUAACAAUUGAGAUGUUUCAGCAAAUGGAUGCAAUGCUAAAAGUGCUCACUCGUCUAUGCCAAGAGAUUUGGAAGACAGCUACCUGACUAACCAACUGGAAGAGACCGAUGUUUGUGUCCAUUCCAAAGAAAAGUGAUCUAAGAGAAUGCAGAAAUUAUCAAACAAUAUUAUUAAUACCACACACAAAAUUUUGCUGAAGAGAAUACAAAAACAGUUGCAGCGGUGCAUUGACAAGGAACUGCCAUAGAUUCAAGCUGGAUUCAGAAGAGGAUGGGGGACAAGGGAUAUCACUGGUGAUAUCAGAUGGAUCUCGGCUGAAAGCAGAGAAUACCAGAAAGAUGUUUACCUGUGUUUUAUUGUCUAUGCAAAGGUAUUCGACUGUGUGGAUCGUAACGAAUUAUGGAUAACAUCGUGAAGAAUGGGAAUUCCAGAACACUUAAUUGAGCACAUCUGGAACCUGUACAUAGACCAAGAGGCAAUCGUUUGAACAGAAUAAGGGAAUAUUGCAUGGUUUAAAAUCAGAAAAGGUGUGCAUCAGGGUUGUGUGCUUUCACCACACCACAGUCUGUAUGCUGAGCAAGUGUUCUGAGAAGGUGGACUGUAUGAAGACGACUGUGACAUCAGGAUUGGAGGAAGACUCAUUAACAACCUGACAUAUGCAAAUAACAUAACCUUGCUUGCGGAAGCAAGAUGACUUGACGCACUUACUGAUGAAGGUCAAAGACCACAGCCUUUGAUAUAGAUUACACCUCAACAUGAAGCAAAAAUCAUCACAGUUGGACCAAUAAGCAACAUCAUAAUAAAUGAGGAAAUAUUGAAAUUGUCAAGGAUUUCGUUUUACUUGGAUCUACAAUCAGUACCCAUGGAAUCAGCAGUCAAGAAAUCAGACAGCGGAUUGCAUUGCAUAAACCUGUGAAAGAUCUCUUUGAAGUAUUAAAAAGCAAAGAUGGCACCUUGAGAACUAGGGUGCACCUGAUCCAAGCCAUGGUAUUUUCAGUUGCUUCAUAAAGCUGGGCAGUGAAUAAGAAAGACCAAAGAAGAAUUGAUGCAUUUGAGUUAUGAUGUUGGUGAAGAAUAUUGAAUAUACCACGGAUUGCCAGAAGAACAGACAAAUCUGUCUUGCAAGAAGUAUGGCCAGAAUGCUCCUUAGAAGUGAGGAUGGUGAGACAUCAGCUCAUGUAUUUUGGGCAUGUUAUCAGGAUUGAUCAGUCCCUAAAGAAGGACAUCAUGCUUGGUAAAGUAGAGGUCAGUGAAAAAGAAGAAGACCCUCAAUGAGAGGAAUUGACAGUGGCUGCAGCAACGGGCUCAAACAGCAAGGAAUGUGAGGUUGGCGCAGGACCAGGUGGUGUUUCAUUCUGUUGUCCAUAGGUUCACUGUGAGUUGGAAGCAACUCAACAGCACUUAGCAACAACAACAUUUGAGCAAAGAGUGUAAUCUUCCCUCUUCCCCAGUGGUCUUUCAAGAGGGAGACCACUCACUGACCGACAAAAAGUUAUCUUCUCCUGACUACUCAGAGAUCAAGUUUUAAAAGUGAUGAGACCCUGAAGUAUUUAUGUAGACCAAAAUCCUACGUCCACAGAACAGAUCCCAGUGAAGAAUGUUGAUCCUAAAGACCAUGUUUGGCAAAAACCACUUGUCCUUCUUGAAUGAGCAAACUUACUCAUACCCCUAAUUCCUUUUGUCAUUGACCACAUUCCCAUGGAUAAAAGGGACUAAGAGCAACACUAUUGGUUUUGGCCAGUGUGGUGAAACGAGUUCCUUUAUGUGGCCUUUUGACUUGGUUCUUUGGAAAAACAGCUUGAGAGAUUUUUCCCCUAAGCCCUGGGGAGUUACCUUUGCCCUAGUUUCUACCCCAGAGGGUUAGUUACUUUUGUCCAGGCUGAUUGACAUUUCCUUGGUAAGCUGUAAAUGACUUGGCUUUUUAUCUGGCCCUAGGCUGCAGUGUGCCCUGUGAUUGGUAUGUACCUUGCAGGGAUUGGUCAAUAGAACCAUGCAAAUGAAGUGACUAUGAACUAUGCAAAUGAGGUGACUAUUGCGUACUAUGCAAAUAAAGUAUCUGUGGCCUACCAAGAGGGGAUUGGUCAGUUUGUAGCCCUGCUGGGAGGGGCUGUGCCUUGAAAUUUACAAAGAGUUUUGUGUGUGUGUGUGUGUGUGUGUGUAGCCAGCCCCACAAAGGUUUUUUAGACAGAAAGAACCAGGAAGGGAAUCAGCAGGAAGAAAGUAGAAAGAAGCAAAGAGAGAGAGAGAGGAGGCAAGGAACCUCACUGAAGACAGCAAGAGGCUCAGAAGGGGUCCAGUGGCAGAGCUGGCAGUGACAGAUGGCAGAGCCAAGAGGAGCCUGUCCUCAAGGGACCAAGAGGAGGUCUACACAGCCAACAGGAGCUAAGAGAGCCGCCUUUCACUGAAGAAGGGAAACUGUGCCUACAUGCAUCCGGAUCUAGAUUCUGAGUUGUAGCCUGUUGAUCCUGACCCCAAGUUAUGCCCUAUUCCUUAAUAAACCACUCGACUCUAAGCUCAGUUCAUGAGUUCUGUGAGACAUUGCAGCAAACUGCUGAACCCAAAAAGGGGAGGGAAGAGUGCUGAGGGGAGGGAGAGUGGCCAGUGUCAGAGAUGGAGUGGUAUAGCAGCUUGGAGAAUGUGGAAAUCUGAGAUAUAGUUGACCUCUUCCUCAGAGAAAUUGCCUUUGUGCUGAUUCUUAUAUUUAAAGUUAUUCAUAUUGCCAGGAAUUCCAGCCCCAGCGUUCUUCAGAGAAAUUCUACUUUCUCAUGGCCCUCUGGUGAAACUGAUAAAGCAUGGGCUUUCGAGCCACACUUACUCAGGCCUCGGUUUCCUCAUCUGUUAACAAACAUCAGAAUAGCAAAACCUACCUCCCAGGGUCAUUUGGAGGAUUAAGUAAGGUAACCUAGAUGAAAGCACUCUACCCUAUGUAAGGGUUAGGUUCCUUGACAAAACCAUUUCUCUCUCUCCCUUCUUUUCCCAAGAGUUGCUGAGGUCUAAGAGGCUUUAUCCGGUGCCAUCUUUGGGGCAUGGGCCGGGAAUCUGUUAGAAUCUGACCAGUGGGACUUGUGUGUCUCUCUGAGGUCUGUUUCUGUUGACUUCAUACCCCAGGAAAGCAGUGUCCCUACUUCCUGAGUCAAGCCCUAGGGUAACCUUAGUGGUUUUCCAUUGAAGCCUGUGCUCCGAGCCAUACCAGUCUUCUCUGUAUCCUGUCCAAGUUGUUCCCAGUCUGUUUCUCUAAUAUUUUCAGUGUCCGUAUUCGUUGUUCUUGUCUCAGAGGUUAGAUCAGAAGACCUGGGCUCUACUGCAGCAAGAAUGUUUCAAUUGCCAGGACGACCUUUCUGGCAGGUUAGUUAGCAGAAACUAAGAGACUAGAAGGAAAACCUCAUUGGGGCAGUAAGAGUUAACUCCCUGCCGAGAAUGUUUCAGGUGGCGUUCUGCCUGGAGGUGGAGACUUUACUCCAUUCCAUUUCAGAGAUUCAUACUCUGCAGGUGAUGCAGAAUGCUUCUUGUUUUGAUGGAAUGUGGAAUUGCUUUUUCCAAAGUUGCACAACACCUAAGUAAGACCUCUAAGGCACCAUAAGCUGUGAAAAGGCCUCUGGACCAAGAAUUAGAAGACCCGAACCCUGCUCUACCCCUACCUCCCUGUGUGAUCAUGGCAAGUCACUUCCAGAGUUUAGGCCUCAGGUACCUCUUUCAAAAGAUCCUGGAAGCAACACUCUACCUCAUCUUUGCAUAGACAUCACUUUUCGGCUUUCAGAACACUUCCAUGACUCAUCACCUCUGAUCCUUACACCAGCCUGUGAGGUAGGCAGGUACAGGUGUCACCUUUCCCGUUAUCCAGACAAGUACACAAAGGUUCAAAGAGAUUAAAUGACUUGCCCAAGUUCACACAGCCAGGAGGUGACGAAACUGGCUUUGAAGCCAGGACCUUUUGUCCGGCUUAUUUUUGGACACUGUUCCAAAUAUGGUGAUGUCUAUGAAACUAUAGAGGAGAGCAUAAACUGGAGUUGGCAGAAAGCUAGUGGUGGGAUCCAGUGGAAGGACAGCAGCAUCCAAGAAGUGAUGACACUGCAUUUACACUCCCAAAGCCCCUGAGGUGUUGGAGGGAAACGAUAGUCUGAGUUGUUGGUAGUUGCGGUUGAGUCAGUUCCAACUCAUGGCAACCACGUGUGCGGAGUAGAACUGCUCCACAGGGUUUUCAAGGCUGUGACCUUUCAGAAGCAGAUUGCCAGGCCUGUCUUCCGAGGUGCCUCUGGGUGGGUUCAAACCACCAGCCUCUCGGCUUAUAGUCAAGCACUUAACCGUUUGUGACACCCAGGGACUCUCCCAUAACGUGAAGGAGGGUUGGUUUCCAGCUACUCAAAUUAAAAAUUUUUUUCAUGCUAUUUAUUGAUUCAGUCCAGAAAGUAUUUACUGAGGCUUGAUCCCUGAACCAAGUUCUCUACUGGGAGCAGAAAUAAGUAAGCAGAAAUAUAAUGAAAAGUUGACUGGUAAGUUUUACAUUUGAAAUGUAAACAGAGGGCUUCGGGUUUACAGUGGAAGGUGCGAUUAAGUUAUCCUAGGGAGAUGAAGGUAAAUACAGCUGAGCUGUGAAGGAUGAAGCAGAAUUCCAACAUUAGGAAAUAGGAGGGAAGGGGUCUGUGCCCUGUACUUCUUUCUUGACCCCCUGCUGUGUCCACCACUGCUACAGGUCCUCGUGCCUAUGUGAAGCCCCCUGCAGGCCCCUUGUUUGCUGUAGGACUUGGCCAGGCCCAGCCCUGGAGGAGCCUCUACCUAGCUUGUCAGAUUUGGUGCAAUGCCCUGAAGCGUAUACUGCACAGGAAGAGAAAUUCUGCCUGGCAGCUCUUAGAAGAGUAUGCAGUAGGAGGCACAUGGGCCUGUGGCAGAGGAAUGGGCAGGUUGGAAAGAGAUGCCUUUCCUAGUGGUUGUGCCUCUGCUGCCCGAGGGACUGAGGGGCAGGAGCUGUUGUUUUGCUUGUGUGAUUUUAGACUGAGAAAGUGAUUUGUGUCAUUAUUUUAAAACUGGUUUCUCAGGCUCCUGUGCAGUUUUCUGUCAGCUCGUUGCCAUAGAGAAGUAGGUUGGGGCUAGAAGCUCUGUCCCUCUCUGUGUCAGCAUUUCCCAACCUGCCAGCUGCCUCUUCUCCCUUCUGCAGAAGGAGGGGGCGGGACCCCACUUGGUGGGCAGACCCUUUCUCCACAAGGACUGGAGCUGUAUCUCAGUUCGCUUUGGGGUAGUGGUUUCAUUUAUCAUGCAUUGACAACAAAUCUGUGUGGAGUGCUGUUUAUAUGCCAGGCAUUGCGCUGGGCACUGCAAGUGCAAAGAUGGCUGUGGCUGGUGGCACACACAUUUCAACGCAGGAACCUGCCAGGGUAUUCUAUACCCUACCACUUUCUUGUGCUGUUCCUUUAUCUCAUUCUUAUGCCAAUGUUUAAGGGACUUUGUUUCCCUUACCCCCUUUAUAACUGUUCAUUUAGAAUCUUUCUGGAAAUCACCUGCUAGUCUGUGUUGUUGUUGGGUGCCAUGGAGUUGGUUCCGACUCAUAGCAAACCCACGUGACAGGGUAGAACUGCCCCAUAGGGCUUUCUUCGCGGUAAUCUUUACGGAAGCUGCUGGCUUUGAACCGCCAACCUUUUAGUUAGCAGCUGCAUGCUUAACCAUUUGUGCCACUAGUCUGUACACUCCGGGAUCUCAUUUCUUCUUUGUAUCCCCAAUGCCCAGCACAGGGCCUAGGGCAAAGAGGACUUCGACCAAAAAGUGCUGUCUGAGGGAAUUCUCACUCUGACUUCUCAAAAUGUCUUUCUCUAUUCUGGGCCGAGAGACAGCAUGAGCCAGUGGAAAAAGGGCGGGCUUUGGAAACAUAAAUCUGUGCUUGAAUCUUAGCCCCACCUUGUAUGAUACCAAACAAGUGGCUGCUUCACUUUGGACCUUGAUCAAACCUAGUACUUUUCUUUAAACCUGUGUCGUCAGUCUAUCAGUAAUUGAGUUUUGACUUUUUAAAAAACAACAUAGAAAUUACUGGUAGCCGUUUAAUCCCAUUAGGUGCUCCUCUGACUUUGUCCAUGUAGGUCCCAGUUGAGAAAAGUCCUGUAAAGAGCCCUGGAUUAGGAUCAAGAGACCCAGCUCUGGGCCCUGGCUGUGCCCCUAAUGUGUUACCUGACCUUAAUCAAGUCCCUUUCCUUACACAGACCUCAAUUUCCCUUUAUGUAAAGUUCAGGAAUUGGACUAGUCUUUUAGUUCCAAAAUCUGAAGAUUCAACUUGAAAAGAAAAAUCUUCCCUGAGCUGCUGCCACCACCAUCACAGUGCCUCUAGGCUGGAGGCUAACCUCAGGGUGACCCCUUCUGCCAGCCUAUAGAAGCUACUGUCCCAGGAGGCUCAGAGCUAGAACACUGGAAUUGGAUGCAGAAAUUUCUUUCAGAUGUAAAAGUCUCCUUUGAAUUUAUCAUCUAUAUUUUCACCCCAAUCCAGUGGCUGGGCUUGGCUUGCAUCCCAGAACAGUGGAGAAUUGCUGAAAGAAGAUUUUUUCUUCUUCACCUGUGUCUUCCUUUUUCCUCAUAACCUGUUGCCUUCUUGAGCCUCUGGCUAUUGAGGAUUCUAUUUCCUGAGCCUUUUUGACUCUGUGCUAGACACUGUGAAGGAUACAGAGAUACAGAAGUUGUCCCAGAUGCAGUCUCAACAGCCCAUGACAUGGACAGGUGAAACACAACAAAGCUCUAAUGUUCAUGAGAGACUUGUCAAGGGGAUAGUACAGACUUGGAUUUUAGUCAUAGCCCUUCUUCUGUUUUGGGAAAAGUCCUCCCUUCUUCAGGCCCUAGUUUCCUCUUCUGUAGAGUUUGAGAGGCUUGGGCCAGUGAUCUCUGAGUUCCAUUCCUACACUGAAACCUCACUUCUAAAUGUAGUAGCUCAAUGAAGGAGUGAUUGGUGUAGACUUUCUAGAGGAAGGAGGACUUGAGUUGAGCCUUGCAGACUAGACCUGGACUUAGAUGGCGCAGGAGAAAUGGACGAAGGUGUUCCUCAUUGGGAGGAGAGGAGCACGUAAGCCCAGACAGCAACUAUCGAGCAUGAGGGAAGGUGGGACACAGUGAGAAGCCCUCUUGACUACAGUACAGGGUUUGUGUGGGUCACAAGGAGGGAGACUAACCUCAGAGGAGGCAGACCUUGCCUUCUAGCUGAGAGCCCUGGUCUCCCAGUGCUUGGGGCCCAUCCCCGUGGCACCUACAAGACAGCGAAGCAAACCAAACCAAACCCAACCCAACCAAACCCAGUGCCGUCGAGUCGAUUCCGACUAAUAGCAACCCUAUAGGACAGAGUAGAACUGCCCCAUAGAGUUUCCAAGGAGCGCCUGGCGGAUUCGAACUGCCAACCCUUUGGUUAGCAGCCAUAACACUUAACCACUACACUACCAGGGUUUCUAGAGAAGCAAACAAGGCAGGUUAAAAUCAGGGCUCUCUCCCUAUCUGAGGGCCCCAGUCUAAUGCAUACCAUGGAAGAAAGACCUCCACCAGGAAGGCACAAGGUCAAGGCAAGGUGAGGCCACUCCUCCCCAGGUCCUUUCCUUCUCACUCCAGCAGAUCCAGCAGGUUCUAAGUUGGCAGAACUGGGGCAGAGUGUAGGAGAAUAAGCCUUACUGGGACAGCUGCCUUCUUUUUGAUCUGUCCCUUCCCAAAUGCUUUCCUGAACUUGAGGUGACAAGAGGAGUAUUUUGACUGUGUUCUUGGGGCUAGAUUCUAGAUUCAUCUACAAGGUCUAUGAAUCAAAGAAUCACUUUUAUCCUCCCAAUUUCUGGCUAAGACUGACUUCUCUCACCACUCUGUACCCACAGCUUCGCAAAUGCCAAAUCCUCUGGUCCUACCUCCUUGCUUUCUCUCCACCCAUCCCUCUUCUGUACCCCACUGCCCCCAAGACAGCACAGGCCUCACUCAUCCAUUUUCUCCUGAACUUUAGCCCUGCCUCCAAACUGGUCUCCCUGUGGUUCCUCCUCUGUAUUCAGUCUGAAGUGUUUAGAAAAAUGCCCAGCAUAGCGUAAAUGUUAUCUAUGAUGACGACAAUGGCGAUAAUGAUGAUGGUUAUGAUGCCAGAUUUAGCUUCUGAAGCACAGCUCUGAUUCUGCUCCUCUGUUGCUCAAAAAUCUUACUGGAUUCCGAUUGGCUGCUGAAUAAAGUCUAAAGCCAUUAGUCAGACAUUCUGAUGAUUAUAUUUCCUGUGCCAUCUGCAACGAUAUGCCCCCUACCAGUCAUCCCAAAUUGACUUCCUUCUACUACAUUUUGCAUGUCCUCUUCUUCCGCCAAACUGAACUACCCCCAUUAGCUCUACCAGACCCAUCUACCUCCCCCAGCUAGGCUUUUGUUCACACUCUUUACCCUACUUAGAAUGUCCUUCCUUCCUUCCUUCUGCCUUAACUCUUUUUUAAGCCGCUUCCUCUAGGAAGUCUCUGCUGAUGGCAGACACUGAAUGGUUCAUUUUAUAUUCCUUAUGGCGUCCACUGGAGCCCUGGUGGAAAAAAAAAAAAAAAACCCCAUUGGUGGAGCAGUGGUUAAGCGUUUGUCUGCUAAACGAAAGGUUGGUGGUUCAAACCCACCAGCUGCCCCACAGGAGUGAGACGUGGCAAUCUCCUUCUGAAAAAUUACAGCCUUGGAAAUCCUAUGGGGCAAUUCUGUUCUGUCCUGUAGGGUUGCUAGGGGUUGGAAUUGACUCGAUGGCAAUGAGUUAUGGCAUCUACCAAGUAAGGCUGUAUAAAUGUUUGAGAAUGACUGGAAAAACCUAAUUCAGCCCCAUUUUCAAGAAGGCCAGAAUUUGAAUUAGGGACGCUCAGUUGUCAAGUGCUCUCCAGCCAGGCCUCAGUGCCUAUGUAUUUCCUUGAGGGAUCUGGAAGUUUCUCAGUAUCUGUGGGCAGGUAUUCAGUAAUCCAGCUGCGCACGGCCAUGACCCCUGUAUGCUAUGUACAAACAAACUGCCUCCUCUUACAGCAAACUGGCAGGAGUGGUAGACAGCCAGGGCAACUGUACUAGCUUGGAGUUGGCCUGUGCUGGCCCAGGAUGGGGAUCACCCAUCUAAGCUAUAGGGGCCGAUAUGAUCCUGGGAUGUCAGCAUCCUGGGACAUCUAUUCGGGGCUAGGGGUCCAGCGACAGAAGUCUUCAGCCUUAAUAUGGAACAGUCAAAUUCCAAGAGGCUCCACCCUGAUAGCAACUUGCGAGAAAGAUAAAAGGUUCAGGUCCUUAGGUAUUGGGAUAACAAGAGAAUCUAGGCAGGGUGUCAGAGCCCUGCCCAGUCAGCUAAAGUUUGACUCAGGCCUGGAAUCCCAGAAACCCCCAGCUUGGGGCACUCUCGUCUGUGUUUGGGCAUUCCUGUUGGGAGCCAGCCAGCAGGGAGGCUGUGAGGCUUGGUGGUAGGAAAAUGGGCUCCCUUUCAGGAUCAGGAUUAGCCUAGAAAUAGGCAUAGACUCAAUUUGGAAGCACCUUCUUCUAGACUUUAGUUCCUUUAGGUGGGCAGGACUCAGGCAGGCAGUGACUGACAUAGCCAAGCCCAGAGGUCAGUCUUGCACCCUUCCUGGUUCAUUGUCUGGCUCACCAGGCCCUUGCCUCCAUUUCAAACUCAAGCCAUAAUCAUGGCACCCUCUGGGCCACCAUUUGGAACAGCCAAUCUCAGGCUAACACUCACUGCCUGUAAAUGGCUUGGAAUUAGGCUAAUCAAGUGGCUCUUAAUUCUCCAACAAAUGCGGGUGCUGUGCUAAUUGCCAGGGUCCACACUGGCAGAUCCUUGGUUGGCGGCAUCAAACGAGAGAAGUGGUAAUUUGGGGGCUGGAAUGGGGAAGGGCCGGCUUUGUUGGCUGAGCCAAUUAAAAAACGUAUUACCCCCUGAGUGAGCCGCGGUGCGGAGAGCCAAGGCCUGGCCUCUUUCUCAGCCAAGGCACUGGGUGAGUGGCCCACAAGUGUGUUCGCAGGAGCUGAACCUCAGCACCAGUGCUGAGCAAUUUCUUGUCCAUUAAUGGAAUUUUGUUUGUUUGUUUGUU